CGAGAUGUGGGGUGUUUUGGACUUAACAUGGUGAGUACCGUCUGUUGAUAGGCCGCCGUGCCUAUUAACUGGUUUUAAGAAUAAUAAUAAUGUGAUUUGUCACAAGCUCUUUUUUUAUUUAAACGUUAGCCCUGUUGAGAAAGACUUGUAAGUCCCACAGUGUGUCAAGUGGGCAUCAGCAUGUUGUUUUCAGCACGUUUUCCACACAUGUCCCGGGACCUGUGCCCAUCUCGUCAUCCCUGAGCUGUCACAUGUACUUUGUUAUGAUUUGCAAACUAAGCACUGACUGAAUAUCAAAAUGCCAUCAUCUGUCCGGACCGAAAAGCAGCAGCCUCAUCAUUGCAUGCAUCUCAUAAUGACAUAAUAUUACUGACAUGGCACAACAGGAAGCGUGUUUUACCUUCAUCCAAAACAUUGUGAAAAAGUCAGGACACAAAGUAAUGAGAAAAUAAGACACAGAGUGGAACUAAAAGUUUGCCAAAGUUUGAAUUAGUCUGUCUAUUAUUUUAAUUUUAUGCAAAUUAGGGUUAAAUUAGCUCUGUAAAAAUGUCACGCAGUGGGAGGCCAGAAGGUCUAGCUUUUAGCGAAGAAGAAUAAAUGAGGGAUAAAGUCGUCACACUGUCUGCUGUCUUCCCUGAAUCUGCCUCUUAAAAGAAAACAAAAAUAAAGUUAGAUUUGGUGCAAAGUCACAGAGACUGGUGAAAGUUUCUGUUUGGUUGAAUCUAUUGAGGUCAUCAGCAGCUGCAUAUCUUUGGCCUUUUCAUGCAUGUUAUGGUUGUAUGUUGCUUUAGUGUUGAUGGUGAAGAACCAUCUUUACAGUUUUGGCCAGUAGUGUUUAAACAAUAAGAAAACAACAUUUAGUUAGUUGGAAGUAGGAUAGAUAGAUAGAUAGAUAGAUAGAUAGAUAGAUAGAUAGAUAGAUAGAUAGACACCUUAAAAAGUGUGACAGGCAGUAAUUACCACAGCACUGUCUCUUAAUAACUCUGAGACGUCUUCUCAGGAGGGGAACACAGGCAGGGACUGUCAGCCCGGGGGGACGUGUGACAGUUUUUAAUCCCGCUGACAAUAGAUCUGCUGGCGGAGGACACAUGAGACGGAGAUGUGUUUGGUUGGAGCAUCAGAGGAAUGUGAUUCAGUGUCAAAGUUUUAAUUAGUUGGCCUCGCCGUCUGGAUUCCUCCGGAUGUUACUGUACUCCUUCUCCGGGUCUUUAUACAGCAGGAACAGACUCAGCUGCUCUGCACCAGCAGGUUAUACAAGGUGAAGAGUCAUCUCUGUAUGUCUGCAUUCAAACCACGUAUCAAAGACAGAAGAUGGUUAAUAUUUAUGUUGGUGUGUUGCACUCAUUUAUCAUAGAUGCAUACUUCUCCUCCACUUUAAUCACUCUGCUCUAAAACUCUGCCCUGAGAUUUACAUUUGCAGGUUUACAUGGUGAUCUUUGUAGCUAAGAGGAGACUUUUUGUUUUUUCCAGGGCAAGCAGGUUGGAAAAAAUGUCUAAAAUGUAAAAAAUCUGAGAGUCCCAGGGCUGCAGUUCCUUGGUUUGCCACUAGAGGCUGGCUCCAAAAGUGAGUUAUUUCCCAUAGAUGACCAUAUCAAAAAGCAUUUUGCUGCAUACAUACACCUCAUCACAACCUUAGAGGAAAAUAGUUUUAUGUUUUAGCUUUUCCACAUUUAUUUACUGUACAUUGAAUUAAAUCAACACCACACGACAACUUUUGGUUCAAAAAGAAAAAAGCCACAGUUGCUUGGUUUACUGCUUCAGAAUAAAUUUUCCCCCCUUUCUAGUCACUUUGUUUGGGAAACUUACUUUGAUUUUAAAACAGAAUUAAGGGUGUGUAAAGCAACAGCGUUAUUUCAAACCUGCUUCUUCUUAAACACACUCAGCAGUUUGUUUACAGGGUCAAAGAUCCAUCGAUGCAGAAUUAAAGGUGACUCUAAAGGUAAUUAGAGGAAAAACGAAGGUGACUGAGGUUAAAAUAAGAGUCAGUCAUAGCUUUCGGGUCACUGACCUGUCUCUGCGCUCUCAUUUAAAGCUCAUUAAAGUGGUUUUAAGAAGCAGUUAGACUAGAGGUGUACUUUCUCCAGUGUAGUAUUCCAGUCAAAUAUUCUUGUUGGUGAAUGUAUGAAAACUGGACGUGAAAAAGAGGCAGAGAAAUCUUGAGGAAUGAAGUGAUCUGCCUGAACUAGCACUGGUUUUGCCCCAGUGAUAAAGUAGCUGGCCAAAAUCUAAACAAUGUCUGAUGACUUUUGGUAUUUAGUGUUUCUAACCCACACAGUUUGGUUGAUAUUCAGAUUUUGGAGCUCCUUUUGGUGUCCGUUUUGGCGCCUCCUGUGGACAAAGUUGUAACUGAUUUAGUCCUAUACGUGUCCGAUGUUUUUUUGCCAGACAGAGGCAGAUGUACGGCGACUUUUCCAAGACGGACAGUGUCCACAUAGAGGUUCUCUCAUGCCUCUCCACUCGGCUCUCGUGUGCUGUUCUGCCCACAGCCAGCAGCUCGGUUGUGGUACAUGCGGUACAAAACGAUAAUAGCUGCUAUUCAUGAGUCGACAGGAGUCUGCUACCUGUGAAGAUAUUGUGCAUUUUAAUUUCCUCUCUUCUUUCAGCCUGACGCUCGGUGUCCGGCUGUCUUUCCUUCCAGGACUCUUUGGUGAAGAAGAGCGCAUGUCUGCAGUCGCUGAUAACAGCUCCAGGCUGCCUGACAACUGUCCAUAUGCCUGUAGGGAGGUCUGUCAGUCAAGAUUACACUCUCAUUUCCCCCAGUCCUUAAAUCCUCCCGUUACCUCCAGAAACAAAGAUCCCACAGCAGAAACCCGGGCUGUCUAAGCCGCAGUUUCUCACUGGAACCUCAGGGUGAUCUUCUUUGACAGGACUCAUACUUAAUUCAUGUAAGGUCGGUUUUGAAGUACAUGCACGUUCAUACGUUCGUGUGAGGAUUCAUAUGAUUCAGGUUAUUAUGUCUGAACAGAUGGAACUGCAGAGUUAGGGUAUUUCCGUUCAGAGUUGGUGUGAAAUUCAACAUUUUCAUUACCACAAACAAAAGAAACAAAAGCACAGUGAGAGGAUUGAUCUGAAAAUGUCAGAACGGGAUCAAUUAAGCUGAAAGGCAACCUGAGAGUGCUCACUGUAAUACAGAUUGAUGUCUCAAAAUGGCCAGAUCAGAUACUGUGUGAAUAAUGCACCAAAGUCAAACUCUCAGCACAGGUUUUUGAGAUUUCACUAAACCGCAGAAGCUAGAAGAACUAGACGUACAAGUUAACAUAGAAUAGAGGAGCUGCGAUCAAAAGUCCUGGCUCUUUCUGCACCUUUUUUAUAAGUUUGUGGCAGCUUUUAUUAUUCGUAUACACUGUAAAAGGCAGAUAUGCAAAUUAUAAUUAGGGCCCGGCGGAUAUGGGGGGGUCCGAUUACCGAUUAAUCAGCCGAUUUUUUAAAUUUUUUUAUGAAGUUAUCAAAAAUAUGUAUACUGUAGAUAAAUUGUAGGUUACUGCUCUUCACGUCGACAGAACUUGGACCAGAAAAGCGUUUUCAACAACCCCCCCGCUCGCCGAUCAUUGCCUCCGCAUCUUCACUCACGUUACUCAUUUCCGGUCCAGUCUUAUCUGGAGACAUGCAGCUGCCUCAGUAAGAGAAGUAGCUCGAUCACGUAAUGUGUACUGUUGUUAAUUCUACCGUUACUGGCACGGCUAACAGUGUAGCUAGGCUAAUAGCAGAUGGCUAACUCUAACUUAAGCUUGCAUAUUACAUGGUGCUUCACCGUUAACUCGGCGUGACCGAGACCAGCACAGCGGGGAACAUCGUGAAGUGGGUUGAACUGAAACUUGUUGACUUAUUGUGCCAUCUACAGGAUAGGUCGGGGAACUUUUCAAAUGGCGAAACAUUUUCAAAGUGAAACCCGAAUCUUAUUCUCCGCAUUUUAUUUCUGAAAAUAUCACCGAAAAUCAGCGAGUUUUGGCCGAUUAUCAAUUAGUCUCAAACGCUUAUAAAUCAGUCCGGCCCUAAUUAUAAUCCCAACAGGGUCCCACUCACCCUGUGGGGGUCUUGUCAGAUCAGGAUUAUACAAAAUACAGAUUUUAAAAUGAUUUACUUAAACAUCUCAAAAACAUGCUUCUUGUCCGUGAUGCUGAAUGAAUCCUCUGCAGGAAAAAUUCGUCGACUGAUUUGUCAAACUUCAGAUCAGAUUAAGUUGAACAAGUGGAGUAUGUUGUGUUAAAAAAGCUGCAUUCUGCUGUUUUCUUCUCUGUAAACUCAGGGUGUCUGUUUACUCCCACUAACACAUUUGUGUCUCCACUUUGCUGACUCAAACCUUUAAGUCGUAGCUUUAACAACGUAAGAUCAGCGCUCGCUCCUCUCCAUGACUGCUCAUUAAUUAGAGCAGGAUAAUUUGAUCCUCUGCAGGGCUGUUAAGUGGAUUGGAUGACGUUGGGAAUGUUUGACGUCAGGGUUCAGGUGGAAACGGGUUCAGUCUGCGCUCACGCUGUGUGCGUGCACCCAAGUGUGUACUUUCGAAUCUGUGUGUUCCUGUGCACACCGAGUCUGUUGUGUGAACCAACAGGAUCUGAACAAACCUGAGAGAGUGUUUGUGUGCACAGCUCGUCUCCAGGUUUGUGUUUCUCCUGCCACGUCAGUCCUAUUGGCCACGGUCUAUAUUUAGAGAGGAGGUCGCAGCCAAACAGCAUGGGAGACGCUUUAGAGAGACGUGAGCCUGGAAGGAGGUCAACAUGCUGACUGAGAUGUGCCGUUAGCAGGAUAACAAGAAAGUAACCAGGGGGGAACUUUAACGGGAGGAGAGGGAGUCCGAGUGUCACAUAAUCCUCCAAAAAGUUCACCAUUGAAACACUUGAUUGAUCUCAAGUACACCAAAGAGAUUCAAUCUGAGUCUAACGUGAUGUUUUAACUGCUUUCCUGAAAUCUGAAUUAUGACUGUGGCGCACAUGGCGUCCAUAAAGCAGAGGGUAGAAGGGCCAUGCUGGUGGUCUGGCAGGCUAAGUAUGUGCUGGAUCAUAUAACAGCAUGUAACAUACGACGGCGACAUCCUGAGUUCAAAUUUAGCCAGGACCUUUGUUGUAUGUCAUAACCUCCUCUUAUUUACUGCAUCUCUUCGAAGUUUACAGUCCUGUAAUCGGCAAACGUCUCAUGUCAAAAGAGGUUUGUAAGAGGAAAAGAAUUUAUAGUUUUUCAUAGUUCCCUCUAAUAAUUGACUACUAAGACAUCAGCUUUUACAGGGGAUGGAGGGAGUAACAGUGUUGGCAUUGGGCUUCUAUGCAUUUUCUUGUCUGGAAUUGCAUUCAAGAUGUAUUUGGGAGCCAUAAAAGUAAUAGGAAGUAAUAUAAUAGAGUUAAUCUACCCAACAAAUAAGCCGAGUCAACUUGAGAACACUCAUAAACCAACGCGUAGAGAAACUGGUCACAACUUCCAGUUUUGUUAUUCACAGCAUGUGGAGAUGAUAGUUACUGCGUCAGAAAAAGUGUUCUUACUCGAAACCACGACCUGACAAGAAAGUGAAUAUUUUUGCCACAUGGAAAAGUGGCGCCCUCUGUGGCCCAGAGUAAAAUGCGUAUGUUCAUGUGCUCAAGGUAAAAUGAUAAAAACAAGUUUGCAAUAAGGCUGCACGAUAUUGGAAAAAAAUAAUAUUGCGAUUUUUUCAACCCUGCGAUAUAUAUUGCCAUAUUAAAAAUACAGUAUUUUCACCAGAUGACAUGAAUAGCACUUAAUGUUAUGCUGCACUGCUGAAAUCUUGAGGACAGUUAAUCUGCUCUGAUCUUACCUCUUUUUGUGAAUGUUAGUAGAACGGCUUCUGUCUGUCUCAGAGAUAUUUUUAGCUUUUAUUGUGCUGGGACGUUAUUGUGGCAACAGGCGAACACAGAAGACGUGUUUUGGUCGACAUCAUCCUUCUUUUAACCGAAAUAAUUCCAGAUAACUGACUUUCCUUUUCUUUUUGGCAACAAAUCUUCAUUUUCGGUGGUUUUCGCUUGUUCGUUGUUCAUUUUGCGAUCGUUGUUGUUGUUGUUAGCGGUGUUGUGCCGAGAAACGCAUGUCCUCCGAGAAUUGCAUGCACCUCGCAAAACGCGCACUGCUUAUAGUAGAGUGGUCCACGGAAAUGUACAAUUUAAAACCCAUACAGUUCUUAUUUGUUGGGCUUAAUAGUCAUGAGUAAAGUUCCGAAAGUAAUUCUCAGCGGACACACGUCUCCCUCCAUGUGCAGAACAUGUGCAGGGGUGGGUUUUCUCCUCCCUGAUUUUGAUUGACAGCUGGCAGGGUAGUCUGAUUGGCAACUGAGAAGUGAGUCUGAUUGGCAACUGAGUUAAGGACGAAGGCGAUUGGUGGAUCGCUGCACAGCACAUGCAGAGUCACAUGGAGUGUAUCUCAGUCGGUUACCCUUGAAAUUAAAUGAGUUCAUUCACCUCCAAUAUCGCAGGCUCUGCGAUGUGACUAUCGCACACACGUACAUCGCGAUGACGAUAGUCAAACGAUAUAUCGUUCAGGCCUAGUUUGCAAUGUUGUGUAGAAGGUAGGGGUGUCCCGAUAAAACUUUUUUACUGCCAAUAUGAUACGGACAUUGUAGCCUUCAGUAUCAGCUGAUACCAGUGUUGAUCGGAUAUUGGCACAAACUUGUGAAUGACAAGUUUUGUACUCAGUUGCAAUGUCUUUUUUGGAUUUAGACGAAAAAUACUGCCACACGGCCAACAUCACUCCUACUCCUUGCUACUUUGUUUGUACAUUAGUACACACUGUUGUUGUGAUUACGUGGGCUCUUCUUGCUGGAUCCGGGCGCUGCUAGUUAGAAAUGCCAGAGUGGCGUCUGGAAUGGACUGCUUGUAUGGGAGUGCUGAUGUCGCACAUUUUAGAUGUAGGCCGAUAUAAUCCAAUAUUUGUUUUUUGGCUGAUAUUAGACCGAUAUCCGAUAUCAAUAUCGUAGCAGGACAGCCCUAGUCGAAGGCGCCUUUUUGUGCCUUUGUGCAGAGGCGGAGCUAAGGGUUAAGCUAAGGUCGUUUAGGCCCAAAAAAUCCCAAAUAGAUCCUUCUGGAUGUGUCCCAAUAGGCUGCUGGUAGCUUUCUUUGUACUUCAGUACAACACAAUAAGAAAAAUUAAAUAUAAAAGAGAAUUUUAAACGUUGAAUUUUCUUAAUCAAUUAACCACUUGAAAGACUUUGUAUAGUUUUCCACAAGUUCCCAGCUGGAACCCCACAGGGGCAGAUUAAAAGCAGCUAGUUAGCACAGUCAUUUUUACAAUGAGGUGUAAAGUGGUCUGGCUCAUAAAAACAGCUGUGGAGGAGGUAGUGAGUGAAAGCUGAGAACAUGUGGAGAGAGCAGAAAAACCGAGCAGAAUGAAACCUGAGAGAGGAGGAGGAGGAGAAACAUUAAAUAUUCAUGUCAUGUUUAAUAAUAAAAUGCAGUCAUUUAUACUCAAUUGAUUCGGUUCAGAGGCGGGUUCGCUCUCUGAACAGGCACAGAAAGCAGUUUGUUUCAACAUGAAUCAUCCAGAAAUAAAAGAAGGUAAAAACAUGACGGCGUCUAACACUUUGAACUGAUUUAACAACAUGUAUUAUGUUCUCUACUCUAAAUCUUCCUAUUUCUGCUUGUCAAACAAUAAAGUCUACAUCCUUAAUUCACAUAAACUCCCCUUUUAAUGUUUGCUUCUCCUGCUGUACAGUGCAUGUGAAAUCUGAAAAUGAUAAAAAGUCAAGUUGUGUUCAUUAUGGUUCUCAUCUCACACAGGUUAUAGUGAAAAAAAAACAUCAUCUAAUCUAUUUGUACCACAACAUGAUAAGAGCCCUGCCACAAACAUAUAGAUGUCAUGUAUUUCCAACCAUCUGUCUCCAUGACAACUAAUGAAAAACAAAACAACACUGAACAUAGAUGUGUAAUAAAAAGACAGCUCCGCAGACAGAAAGACAAACACGAUCAUCCACGAAUCACAGAGAAAAAAAAAGAAGAUUGGAGGUCAAUAAACUGGAGUUUUGGGGUCUCAGCGGCCAUCUUUAUACCUGAGCAGACAGGUGGCUCUGAUUGAACCCAGUUACAGCUGAUCAUGAAUCUACAGACUACAUUGUUCUGGUUAGUUUACUGAUAGACUUGAUAUAAUACAGGUUCUCUAACAUCCAGAUUCAGUUUAGAGCUACAGCUGGUUGAUAGGCAUGUUUGCAUUCAGGUUAUCAAAUUAUGAGUUAGGGCCUGUUUCCAUUACCACCACCACCUAAAUUCCAGGACUCCUAAGUUAUACCAAGGCACGUCUUCUGUCUGUCCAAAACAUUCGUUUUAAUCCAGUGGCAUGAAAAUCUGCGUCUCCAGAUCUGAAAACUGUAGCUUUUGUUUCUGUGAACUUUUGACCGUCCUUGAUAAACUUUUUACCCCGAAUUUCCACCGUGUCCGGAACGGCUCCGAUCCAGAAUGGCAGCGAUUUUCGCUGUCCGCCAGUUCCUACCGGAUCCGUUUGUGUGGCAAAUUCCAUGGCAGAUUACCGACAGCGGGAAUCACGAGAACGCACAAGAACCCGCGGAUUCACGUGCAAUCGAUAACGAGUUGUCUCUAUAGCCAUGUAACCAUAUAAGCAGUAGAUUGUGUCCUUCCGGAGGAGGAAAUCUACUUCUAGACUUUUAGAAUCGGCAUCUCCUCCUCCACGGUGUCAUCGGGGUGAAAUGCUGUCUAAAAACCUUACAAUUGUUUGUCCCCGUCCGUUUGCAUGGUGUGAAAUACAAUUCACCUGAAACACAGUGUGUUUUAUUUUGAAAAGAAGCCGAAUGCUCUAUUUUGUGUCUGUGCCCAACUUGCUUUCCAGCACGGGUUUAUCUGUGCUGAAUUUAUCCGGCAUGCUCCGGCGUCCAGAAAAAAUAGAACUCUUGCGAUCAGUUGCGGAACGGAAAGAAGCCAGUGGAUAUCGACACAUUAACUUGAAUGGUUACGAUCGGCGGAUACGGCCUUUUUGUGGCCAUUACGGAUGCGGUGGAAAUUGGGAGUUACUCUUGCUCCCUACAGUGGAAUUAUAACAUAACUCGUAAUUUUGACUCGAAGUACAUGGAAGUAUGAUGGCUAUAAAAAUUAUGCUGUUUUAAACGUAUGAAUCUAUCCUCAUACCGCAAGAUGAGCCCUUACGCUUUCACACAGUUAUGUGGUUAAGUAUUGUUAGUGAGUUCUUGUGAGAGAGAUGAAAUAGUGAAGGAAGAGAGCUAGCAUUUUGCUAACAGCUCAUAGUUUAUCAGAUAAACAGUAAAUUGCCUCCAAACCCUGCAGGAUGUUUAGUAAGACAAAAAAUAUCAGUUUCCCAAACACGUUAAAGCAUUUAAGGAGUAUCAAAGUACAUUCAAAUAAGUGCUUUUUUAAAAAUAUAAUUUGGGGUCAUUAUGUUUUCUUUGAGAACUUUCAGGUCGCUUUUAGGACUCGUAUUUUAAUUAAAUGACAGUAGAAAGAGUCAGAAACAGGAAACAGCAGAGAGUAAGAGAUGGCAUGCAGUAAGAGACCGGGGAUCAGAUUCAAGGCUUGUGGCCUGUGUGCAAGAGGGAUUUAACCACUUAACUAAACCAGCAUCCUGUUGCUGUGUGUAAAAUUAGGAGGUAUUGAGCAGAAUACUUAGUAGUCAUAGGAUAUGAUAAUUUUAAGUUUACUUAAUGCCAACAUUUCUGUCUGUUACAAUAGGCUGCUGGUUAUUUUCGUGGCCUUUCUUUUUCUUCUGUUGGUACUUCAAAUACCUCAGCUAACUUUUCUGUUUCCACACGUCCUGUGGUGCAAAAUGACUGUUUUUGUGAUUUUAGUGUGGUAGCUUUCAAGGCAGCAGUAACGUGCUGUUUCAGGUCAAAAAAGUGGACUGCUGGAUUGCUUGAGGACACUUUGAGCCUUUCAGUAAUAAAAAGCACUUCUCACAGAUAGACUUCGAUUGGCCAUUUACACCUGUAAUUACAGCAAAGAUUAGGGGUUACAUGUUAGGGAAACUUUAUGUCAUAUUGCAGCCUUUGGCAACUUUUUUCAUGCCGGUCAACAGGAUAAGCUUCAUAUUAAAGGGUCAGUGAAGAUUGAAAGAGACAUGUUACUAUUCUUUUUCCAUAAAAUACCUGACAUUUCUUUAAUUUCAAAGAAAAAACCUCUUAAAUGCUCUAACGUUUUUGGGAAACCUCCUCGCCCCUCUGCACCCUCCCUCCACCCGAACAGAAAGGGCAGAAAAAGUGCAACGCCACCUCCAGGCCACUAGCUGUUGCUGCUGUCCUUGUGAGGGAGACACCUUUGCCAGGGGCUGUAGGGCAGAGCGAGCAGCAGGAAGAGGAUCCCGCCCACGAUGAGGACGGCCCCUGCACAGCCAAUACACGACACCGACCAGGCGAGCUCGUGGUGGAGAGGAACUGUGUGGUCACUGGCGAGGAAGGCCAGAACUGACUGAUGGAAGACCAUCAGAGAGAGAAGCACCAUGACACCUGAGGAGGAAAUGGUGGACGGUUCGACAAAAACAUCCAGAAGAUUUUUAAAAGAUUUGUUCAGCUGGCUCGUAUUUCUCCACAACUGACCUGACAUGAUAAAGCAGACAGAUGCCGGCUUGAGGAAGAACAGGAUCUCUUUACUGAGGGACAUGGUGAUACAGAUGGCCCCCAUCACCAUGAGGAACAGGCUGAACAUGGCCAACAUGGCUGCCGCUACAUUCAGAUCUGCACGGGAGAGAAGGAAAGUUGGAGUAAUAAUAUGUAAGGGAGGGAAACCUGCUGGUAUUUAAACUGGUUAGACAAUAUUAGAGGUGCAUUUCGCUUGGAUAAAACAAAACUGAUGUCAGUAAGGAGUGUUUGUAAAAUCAAGGGAAUGUUGCUUGCAUACAGUUGCAUUUAACCUCAAGAAGAUGUCUCAUUUUUGAUGCAACUCCAUUCAGUUUCAAUCAAAUCCAAAAAGAAUCAUCGAGGACAUUCAGUUUUAUGGUCUGUUAGGUUUAUUUAGGGCACCAAAACAGUUUCCUACACGUACACCAAAAUGUGUACGUGUAGGAAACAUAAAAAAGCAUGAAGAUUACGGUUUAAUUUUCCUUUAUCUCUGUAGCAAGUCUGUUGCAACUAGUUUAAUAUGAGUAUACACAUAGCUGUUACCUUUGCACAUUGUUCGGCAAAGUUUUUCACAAUUUACAUCUGUCCAUGCAUCGCAUUUCCACCACAGCUGAAAACAAUCAUCCCUGCAAAGGCACGAUCAGACUGAAUAUCAGAAGAGUCUGUGUCAUGUCAGUCGCUGAUUUCAGAUCAAAACUCUCAACUAACAUAAGCACACGCAGAGUAGAGCUAAGGUAGAGAUGCACCGAUCCAUUUUUUCUGAUCCAAUGCGAUACGAUACCUGGGCUAAAUGUAUCGUUCGAUAUCUAAUACUGAUCCAAUACUACUGUUGAAUGGAUGAACUGUAUACCUUGCCCUGUGAGUGAAGGCAUGAGGCUUAACAUUAGCCUUGUUAAAAAAAAAAGGUGACAAAUUAACACAGAUAUAAAUUUACUUAAUAUUAUUUAUUAACAAAUAACAAAUUGCACAUUAUAAGCACACAGCAAAAAGAAGUAAGACUUCCAUGUAAACAUUUAGUGCAGAAUGAUAGACAGACAUAGAAUAUAGAGAGAACAGAAUCACUGUGUUGCUGUGUAUGAUAUUAAUUAAAAGAAAAAAAAGACCGUAUCGAAACUCUGGAUCGGCAUUAUUCAUCAGAUAUCUGAUCCAGGUCUUUUGUCAGUAUCGGAGCCAAUAUCCGAUCCAAAUAUUGGAUCGGUGCAUCCAUAAGCUUAGGCAGGGUUUUAGUUGUCUAGCUAAAACAGCUAAAAUACGCACAUCUGUCCAUUAAAUUAUCUGUGCCCCAAAUUUGCAAACGUAUGCAUAACCCUGCCCUGAUCGCAUUGAAACAGUUGCAUUAUAGAUUAAAAAAAUCAUUUCCUGUGUUUCAGCCCGAAUUGUCAACCCAAAAUUGUUAAUAGAGGCUUAUUGGUUGUUUCAAGUUCCUAUUAAAAAUGAAAAAGCAGAAUCAGAAUAACAAGAGGACUCUGUGCAAAAUAAGAGGAGGACAGUCCUGAACAAUGACAUGUUAGAUGUAUGAAUGAAAAUGAAAUUUGGUUUCCUUAGGAUGUUUAAAAAUUAUUCUUCACAAAAAAACAGGAAUCCGUUUUUGUUGCAUGGCUCUCUCUAAUUUAUGCUCACAGAAUAAUGAAGCAGGGUUUGUCACCACUGGGCUGUAUUUGUCACACUCAUGGCUGUGUUUUGUUGAAUCCCUACAUUGAUGCCAACGGCGUGACGGUGAUUUGACACCAGCUAACAAGGAGAUUUUAACGUACAUCUGUCGCUUCUCAUUCAGUGUGCCGCUCUCUGUGAUCUUAAUACAUUAUGAAGCUGCCAGGGAAAUGAGAGGUUAGGCUGCAGCUUGGAGACACUUGAACGCAGCGUGGGAGGAAUAGAUUUCAAAACACUCACAAAGCAGACAAUGGCCAACCUGAAAGAGCGCUGCCAGGAGGUGAGGGGAGAUGGAGAGGAAGAGAAUUAAAGCAGGGGACAGAAGAUAGACAGAGGACUGAGGGAUGAAGAGAGACAGAGGAAGGGGUGAGGAGGGUGAGAGGAAGAAGUGGAUAGAAAGGGAAAGGCAGAGUGGGUGGAUAAGGUGAGACUGAAAGGCCAAGAGAGCAGAGAGAAGUGCGUGACUCACUCUUUUUCGUUGUCUUCUGGAACAACAUUGUGUUUUCCCCUGUGGUGAAAAACUUGAAGUAGGUGCAGUUCGAUUCUGCAGGAGGAAAACACGCAGGGAGAGAAACUGUAAACAGGAGGAACAUACACACGGACAAAUAACCUGCUGCAGCUGUGGACAGUCUUAAUGAACGUCUUAUUGAAAUUCAAGGAGCAACAUCUCUCUCCGUCCUUUACGCUUUAGCUCAGAUAAUUCUCCAUCAGACAUAAUCAGCCGUGAACGUCAAUGACAAGCUCAAGGUGACAAUCCGAUGCUUCCCCCACAAUUAGUCUUCUGCAGUCCUGAUAAUGUGUUAGAGUGAUUAGAGUUUGGCCGUAAAACAGAAUGUGACACCUCUAUCUUUUCCCCACACAAGCAAGCCAAACAGGCAGACACAUCACUCUUAAUUAGAGCGAUCAAAGGCAAAUCCUCACACUGUUCAAGCCGGGCUUUUCCACCGCAACAGUUAUCAAGGUUAAAUCUCUGAUUCUGCUGAAGAGCUGCACACAGAUCCCAUUAACAGAAACAGGUCUUUGUAGCUGGUCAGUCAGAUAAUAAUUGGACUUUCAACUCCCAUGAAUACAAAACACCCAGCAAGGAGAGCGCAUCACAGGCAUCCUACUUACUACAGUUAUCAUCCAUUUGUCGUUAUCGAAGUGAACUGCUCAAUAUAUUGUGAUAUUGAUUUUAGGCCAUAUCGCCCAGCCCAACUAUAUGCUGUAACACAAAUAGAUGUCCAAUUAGCAUAUUUAUGUAGAUAAUUGAGAAAAUCAAUCAUGAUCAAGCAGCAACCAAUUGAAGUUGAUGCAAAAACUGCAGUUCCUCAAAUGGCCACUUGAGGCUGGCUCCAAUAGUGAGUUAAUUCCUAUAGACACCCUUUCAGCCUAACAUCACUAAGAAAUAUUUAUGCACAUUUAAGCAGCAGAAACAGCAUUUUGUAAGCUUUAAAACACUGAAGUUAAACUCUUACAGGAAAACUGCAGUUCCUUAAAUCUCCACUCGAGGUUGACUCCAAAAGUGACACAAUCCCCAUGAAGCCCCUUAUAAAGAUGGUCAACAUCACAGCUAAACUAAACAUGUUUACUGACUGCGAUAACAAAAAAAUAAUGUACAUCUGCAUUAUUUCUGUAGCAGACACACUGAGAAAACAACUACUACACAACGCUGUAAAUGGUGACAUAAGAGCAGGAGUGAUUUGCAAAGGCAUGCAUGCAAAUCCACUUUAACUCACGCUCUUCAAACAAUUCUACACUUCUACUUCCUCUAGAGCUGUAAUUUAUAGUUCUCCUGGAGUCCUCUUGGUGUUUUUCUGCCUCUGCACUUAUCUGUACCUGACAAGCAGCCAAUCAGUGCAGCACCUCAUUAUCAUUGCAUCCCAGAUGACCUAGAUCACUGCUUGGAUAAUGACAUUAGAAAGAGAAGGGCUGCAGAUCCUCCUUAGAGGCUGGGCGUGUGAUACGCCUUGCAACUGAAUUCAAAACCUUCCACAAAAGACAACCAGGACAUGUUGUAAACAGCUAAAAUUACCAUCAUGUGGGACCCUAAAAGGUCUCAGGCCACACUGCAACACUCCAGCUCCAUGAACCUCUCUACCAGCACUUAGCCAGAGAUAAUUCCUUUUUUUUUUUUUUUUUGAUGAAAAUCAAACAAGCAUCCUGUCUGGCACUGAUGAUGAACACACACAGAGCUCCUGGUGGACUUUUCUCAGUCUGUCUCUCUGUUUUGCUUUCUAUGUGAGUCAUUCUUCAAAAAAAAAGGGAAUUCAUACAGGUGAGUCAUGCAACAGGGGAGCAAAACUGCAAAUAGCUUUAAUAAUCUCUUGCCACACUCCAUCAAAAGCAGUCCACUUAGACAGCCAAAUGUAAUUUUCAACCCACAGCUGCUGCACUAUAUCCAUUAGCUGUUUCCAUUUCGCCCGUAACAAGAAACCUAAAACAUAUAAAAAGGGUUGAGACUACAACUGGAUACUCAGAGCACUGGACUAAAGUAAAAGUUUUAGGCUCUAUCUAACCGAUCUAAAAUGCAUGUUCUUUAGCACCUGGCACAAAGUGGAUCAGGGUCCAUCCACUCCUUUUUGGUAGAUAAGCAGCACAAAAUCUGGACGCUAAGUGAAGCUUAAGGCAUAGAGAGGCUGGACUAGUGAUAGUUAGACUUACUUUUGUUGAGUGUGAGCUUGUUUGUGUAUGUUUCUGCACAUAUCUGAGGGUGUGCAUGAUGGAGAGCUUGGUGACGGUCAUGAAGCAUCUGCUGGUGUACUAAUGUUGCGUUCCAGUUGUACUCAGAAGUCGAAAUUUGCCAGCUCCGAGUUGGAAAUUCAUCUGGAACACCCCCCUAAAGUCGGAUUUCCAACUCGGACAGUCCGAUGAUCCUCACCAACCCGGACUUGACGACAACGUCAUAAUCCAAGAUGGCAGUGCAGUGUAUCAACAGUAAAGAGUAACAGAGAAAGCUCUCAUAAUGUUUUAUUUAUUAGCACUUCUGUUUUGUUCUUGUGAGAUGAAGUAAGUGGUAUAUGUUGUGCUGCCCAACGUCUAACUGUGAACACGGUGCUUUGGUGUUUGUAAAGCCGCGUUCAGACCAAACGCGACCUGACGCGACUUGGCGACGGCUCCCAAUGCAAAGUCUAUGGCCAGCCGCGACCUGACGCGACUUGGCGACCGCCGGCUUCCUGCGACGCGACCAUGCGCGACCGGGCGCGACGGGUCGCCAAGGCGCGUCGCCGAGGUCGCGUCGCCGAGGUCGCGUCGCCGAGGUCGCAGGACGCCAAGUCGCGUCGCUCCCAAAGUUCAAAUAUUUGAACUUUGGGAGCGACUCCGUGCCGCGACAGCCAAUCAGGGCUCUGCUGACGUCAACAAACCGGCGAAACAAGGAAGAGGAGAAGAAGAAUCACAAUGGAGGAGCAGUUAAUCACAUCCGUUAGCUACCACCCGGUGCUAUACGACGUGGGUUGCGGGCUGUACCGGGACCGCAACGCCAAAGAAGAAGCAUCUCAGUUUCGGAGCGCCUGUAUUUCGUGUCCAGGCGGGAGAUGCUGCUUCCCACCCGGGCGAGGAGGUCCUCGAACUGCACCGUCGACACACGGAAGUACCGCUGGAAGCGGCCGUCGUCCAGGCGGAGUUCCUGGAGCAAGCGGUGAAAUUCACCCAGCUCCGUCCUCCUCCGGAUGGUUUCAUGCACCCAUAAACGCCGGCGGCGUCUACUGCGGAUGUACAGAUAUGCGGCAGCACUGAUGAACUGAAAACUGAGCUAGUGACAUGGAUGACGUCACCUGCGACCAGCCGCGACCUGCGACUGCAGCUUGUGAGAUGAAGUAAGUGGUAUAUGUUGUGCUGCCCAACGUCUAACUGUGAACACGGUGCUAUGGUAUUUGUAAGAGUGAAAUACUGUGUUAUGUUUACAACUGGUAUAGCUAACAACAACUAACAACAGCUGACAAUGGCUUACAACAGCUAACAACGGCUAACGACAGUUGACAAUUGUUAACAACAGCUAACAACGGCUAACAACAGCUGCCAACGGCUAACAGUAGGCGUCCAUGUUGGUUUUCUGACUUGUUUACUGGAACGCUGUCAACUCGAGUGUAACGUCAUUCCCAGCUUCGACAUUCAAACUCCGAGGUAACUGGAACGCAGUAUAAGAUGUCUUUGUAGUGCACACUCUUAAAACCAGUAAACCACUAUCCUAUGGACUUCAAAUUUAGGUCAUUGCAGGUCUGCUUCCUCAACAUUGGCACUCAACCACACCUCAUUUCAAAACCAACACAUCCUCCACGGGAUAACGCGCAAGCUCAUUUGCUUUGUGCACAACAUGGUUGCUGGCCACAGAAGUGGUGAGUGUGUCAAUUGGUAAAAUCACAGUGAUGCUUGCACUGCAUGUUAAAAUCCUCUGCACCAUAUUCAUCUUUAUUUUCCUCAUAAUAAGUUAAAUUCUCAAUUUUUCAAGGCGGUACAUUUUGUCCUGGGCAUGGCAUUUGUUUUUUUGGUUAUGAAAACACCAGAGUUUAAAAUCUGCUUUGUGUACUGACUUUUUGGCCUCCUCUAACCAAAUUACGCCUCUAAUUUAAUCUUAAAUUUUGAAUUGAAAAAAUAAAAAAUAAAAAUUUUGCCGAAUGUAAGUUAAAAAUACCUAGAACCAGGAAACCAGGCACUGUUUCGCAAAAGCAGAGGACUUCAACCAUACAAAAGAUACAGCUUGACCCAAAAGCAGCUUUUUCACUCAGACUAUGUAACAAUGACUCAGGCAGUUAGUCAGCCAGAGCAUUCAUCCAGCCAGCCAUCAAACAGCACGCCAAGCAUCAUUUGUCUGGCCAGGAAAUCAGGUAGACCACUCAUUCAUGCCAACUCCCUGCUCCAAACUGAGCCAUCCAACAAGCUCAAGUGCUCUAUCAAACGUCCAGCCAGCCGAAAAGGCUUGUCAAUCAUUCUCUCUCCCUCAUACAGGGCCGUCAGGCAGCAUCAAGGUUAGACAGCCAUCCGGCCAACCAGCCAGUAAAACAUCCAUGACUCACCUCCGGGUAGUUCAGCAGGUCCACAGCUCUCUCUCUCGGGGUCGAUAUCAGCCACCCACAAGGUCUUGGUGCAGCCCUUCCACAGGCCGUAGUGCGCUGUAAGACAUGUCUGCGAGGAGCCACAAAAAAGGGAGUUUUUCUUUGAGUGUGAAAUGAACAGCAAUAUUCUUGUCCAGUCUGUCACAAGGUUUAACUUCGGAUGAGAAACUGUGAUUAUUUGUCCAAAGACUUGCUUGUUUUGUUCUUGUGUGUUUUGUGCUUCAAAAAUCAUUCCCGGACAGAUUGAAACUUCCUGAGUGUGUCUGUGUGUCAGUGAAAACAGAUUAUGAAUAAAGUCUGUCUCCUGGCUUCCUAGUAUCCAGACAGUUCCAGCUCCAGUUCGAGUGUUAGAGUCCCUCAAAGUGAAAACACCACAAAUAUCCCAGUUUUAAUUACUGUUUUAAAAAGUAGUCAAAUAUUUUUUCUUGUUUGCUUUGAAGCUUUUUCACAUUUUGAUCCACCUACUGGCAGGUAACCUGAUACUGAAAGACACACAUACUUGAGCUGUAUGCCAUCAGCUGACUUGACUUUGCUGAGUUUAAGUCUUUUCUAACGCGAAACGAUUCAAGGCCAGAUUAAGGACCUGAUAAAUAGAGGAAACGGCUUUUGAUUUGGUAUCAAUAUCAGAUUUUAACUAUAAUCAGGAAGGCUGGAACGAUAUGCUUUUCUCCUGAUGCGAUUUUUCUAUGAUUUUUUGGAUUUUUGAACUAAAAAAUCGAUUUAACAAAAAACAAAAAAUUGCGAUAUUUGUGUGAAUCAAUUUUUUUCUUCCACCCGAAUAAUCAGCCAGGCAGGACAAGAUGGGAGUAGCAACACAUUCCUUCAUAAACUUCUUCGACACACAUAAAAUAUUGUGCUUUUAUUUUGACAUCUUUCCUGUCUUGCACUGAGGUGGCUUUUUACAGUCAAUCAAAACUCUAUUGCUUUUUGGAUUUACAAUAAAUCUUUAAAUGUUAGUUUUUAAAUGUGCUGAAUUUCCUCUCAGACGGUUGCUAAAGCUAACUAGCUAGCAGUUUCCUAUUUUAUUUUUUAUCUUUAUUUUAAGCUGCAGCAGAAAGAACCACUUCUAUUUACUCACUGUGUUACUGUUUGCUUAUUAGUGGCACAAAAUUAAUGUUUAGUUUUUCAAAAAGGCAUUUAUCAUCCAUACUGGUUUACUGCAGCAGUCCUGGUCUAUACUGGAGCUCAGUAAGAGCGAUAUGUUUUAAACUAAGAAUCUGCCAUCAUAAUUACAAUGUCUAAUCAGAGAGCAUAUGAGAAAACAUACUGUAUGCCAACAUUAACAUGCACUACUUAAAAGUCUCAGUUUUGGAUGUUUGAAAAUAUGGAGAGUGUUACAAAAAAUCAUGAAAAAAAUGUUUGUUUAAUGCUAAUUCUAGUGUUUUACCUGGUUGUUAUAGAAACUCUUAGGAGGUGAAAGCUCCACCCAAAACUCUGUCCCAACUCCGAGGACGGUCAGGACUACGCCAACGAUGGCAACAAAGAAUGCCAACUUGAUCUGGUGAUAGAACACAGUACAAAACAAUUCAGAGUCUAAAGUGACUUAAAGCUCCUGUGAGGGGUUUCACCUGGUGUUGAAACGGACAGGAAUUAUGUCUAGUACCUCUUUGUCAGCUGAAAAAGUAAACAAGACCAUAAUGGACAUCUUUUUGAUGCCUGAUAUUUCCAAAACCGUAGUUCCUUACAGGCACUUUAAUGUGUUUUAUUUUCAUUACUGAAGUGUAGGGAAUCCUUUUUUGGCAGGCUUCCUUCUUGUACUUUCAGUUUAAGUCAAAUCCAAGUUGGGUAAUAUCAAGUCACCGAGGCUUGUGCAGAUCUGGUAGAAGCAAUUCUACAUUCACAUAGAAAUAAAUACUGUUAUUAAGCUGAUAGUACAUUACAUUGCUAUGUGCAUUUCGAUGUAUGUAAAGAUUUUGUCUGGCUGCACUUAACCUUUAACCUGCAACGUAAAUACCACUGCUUAAGUACAUGUCAUUUCAUAGUCAUAUCCAUACUAUUACAAUGAAAAGCAUUGUUGCAACCAAAAACAAGGCCUAAGAUUGUUGGUCUUGUGCAUCAGAUGGAGUCCAUAAAGUGUUAUGUAACACACCAUCUCAACUAUACCACAAGAACCUGAUAGUUAAGAGAUGCCAAGAAAAAAGAUGUGUAGUGAUGGUUAGUGGACAUAACAGCGCCAAAGGGUAAGAACAAUCUCUGCCUUUUUGUAAUGUCUUCAACGGAUAACAUAUCGACUCUCCAAAGAGCUCUUGAGAUCCGUGGGUGGGCUGUUGUGCUUCAACCUUUGUGUGGAGAUGUUCAAAGUGAGAAUGCUUUUUGAAAGCAAGGACCUUUUGUCUGGUCCUGACUUCUCUGAAAGGCUCUCCAGAGACUUGUUUUUAGGCAGGAAUUUGGAGUGAGGGAUUGAGAUUUGUCGUGAAGGUCUCGUAAACAAUUUGUUCAAGUGCAGUUGCAUGUUGGUGAGUCAUGAAAAGCAAAAGCCUGCCAUCUAAGCAGGUGAGGUUUACAACUAUAUCACUACAGCAUAAAAUAUCUUACUUAAAAAUGUCCAAGAGCUGCACAUGACCCUUUCCAUUUCUUCUUUUCUCUCCUCUGAGGUUAGAUCACACUUACAGCUAGUUAGUCCGGAUAGUCUUCCCAGCAGUAUGUUGUAGUUCUCCUUUGGGAACCCUGAGGCAUUCACAGACCAUUUAAGAUGUAUCAUUUGACCAUCAAGUUUUAGGUCUUCUUCCAGCUAGAUGUGCCAAAGGUCAAGGUUGGGAUGCAGAUAAACAGGUAAGUUUAAAAUAUUGUCUGCAUCGUUGCUUACAGAACAAUAAUUAAGAGUUUACCUGUGAGCCAGGGUAAGAUACUUUGAUCGUCCUGGCUGAAAACCCAACAUAGAGGAAGCAAUACUCUAUUUACUAUGAAGGAUGCAUGGCCUCUGACUUGGAGGUGCUGGCUUUCAUUGGCUGCACUGGUUGCAAACUGAGUCAUCACUGUGACAGAUUAGUUAGACCUAGAGAGGCAAUUCAGCCAAAAUCAGAUAUGCUACUCCAAGGUCCCAAAACCGGACAAUCCUCUGUACUGUAACGAGGUACAAACAACCCCCUUAAGGCCCAAUACCAACCCCAAACUUUGACUCUGUACUAGGUGUAUACAUGAUACAUCUCUCACUUUGGGUAAAUGGUGAUACUUCAUACUCCCCAUACGUUCCAGGAACCACGCCAGAGUAAAUAUCUGGUCCACUGUUUCACCUCCUGCAGAGAACCUAUAUUGGUCCUCCCACAUACUGGGCAUGACAUUUGUCUGGAGCCCCCUCCUCUUUGGCUGAAUGGUAUGAACUUCUGUAAUUCAAGCACAAUGAUGUCACCUCAUGUGAAAAUUUUAACCACCACCCUGAUCAGAUGGACGGACUGCGUUUGUGGACUAUAUUUGCUUUCUCUAGUCUUCUGACCACUCAUCGCAUUUGGCAUUACAUGUCACAUUCACCCAUUUACUCCACAUUCACACACACUGAUGGCAGAAGCUGCUAUUUAAAGUACCAUCAGUGUUAACUAAUUAACCAAUCAUUAUGAGCAGUCAGCAAGGAGUGACCUGGAGCCAAGUGCCUUACCCAAGAACACUUUGGCAUGUGGACUGCUGGAUCUGGAAUUGAACUCCUGACUCUACCACUGAGCCACAGCUGCCCAACAACUGACUGACAGUGUAGGUACCAGGCGUGUUCAAGCUGCCAGAUCAGGUCAGGGCCUGGUGCCUAUUGAUAACAUCACGCUAUAUGAUUGGCUGGAAGUUGGUUCGGAUAACGUAGAAGAUUGUGGUUGGUACGGACAUUACAGAAGCGGUGUUCAUUGGAUUCGGUUUGACCGGAUUGUAGUUCUUCGGAGAAAACAUGCACGAAUUAUACAAAGCAAUCCAUUGCUACUUAUUAAAGGGGAUUUACAGCAGCCGGACUACCACCUCUUUUAGGUUGCCAAAGGAAAUGUGGAAUAAAAGCAAAACUAUCUAUGGAUAAACUGAGAUCCUGCGUACAUUAUUUUUUCUUUGUCCUUUAGAAAAGUUAACAUAUACAAUUAAAGCCAUCUAAAAAUGACAGUACAGUAAGUUGUAAUUCUCUGUAUUAUAUGGAGGGAAAACUUCGAGGUCAAUUGAACGAACAAAUGGUAAAAAAAAAACCACCAGGGGCUUUUAACUGAGAACCUUUGACUUAAUGGAGCGCAGUGUAGUUUGCCCGAGUGGACUUGCCAUGGUUUGACGUCUUCAACGGGCGCUGGGGCCUGAGCUGAUCUGGCAGCCUGAACACAUCUGGUACCUACAACGGGACCUGUCCCACGUCACUGCAACAUUAAAUAUAGGCAAGACAGCGCCACUGCAUCCAGAGCCAUCACAGCAACAUCUGGCAUCAACAUGACAUCAGUCAACAGUUGGCAAUCAUGUACCAACAAUAUGAAAACCUGCUACCUUUCCUUCCUGUGCCUCACUCAUGGCGUGUCCUGUUGAUGUUGUCCUGCGGCGCUUGUUCCCUCCAAAGGUACUGCGUCCUGACAUCAGGCUUGACAGGGCCACCGGACCCUGGGGUGGUGGUAUAGGUACGGGUGCUCCCACAGUUCCUGUGGCCGCAGGACUCACCGUGCGGCCCUCCUCAUCAGUCACCAAAAAGGUAGACCACAUUUUGUGGCAGUGAAGAAAACGACUCAGACAGCCAAGAGAAAUUUAGUUUGGUGUCCCAGUUGCCUCAAACUUUCUCCCAGACAGGGAGAGUAAAUUUAGUGAAAAACCAGUAAAAGUGUUCUUUUCAAUUUGUGCCUGUGUUAUAAGGUCAAAUAAAUGUGUAUCUGACAGUCAGGAAGAGGAAAAGCCAGGCAGAGGUAGAAAAACAAACGGAAAAAACGACAAAUUGGUGUAAUGAGUCCAAAAACCUCAAUAGAAAAGGGAGGAAAAUUUGAACCCAGAAAGUCUCUUUGGUGUUAGCAAUUUCACAUAAAACGUCCUUUGAAAUUUUAGCAGGAAGAGUGAAAAAUCAGCCUCUUCUUGUGAAAAAGCCUGAGAGGAAAUGGCGGCUUUGAUGACAGAUGCAAAACUGCCAAACUAGUCAUAAUGAAAAAAAGGAAAAUAACCGAAAAUUAGUGGAGAAAAGUGCAGCCACUGAGAGUCUGAGGUAGAAGCCAGUGGUGAGUGAAAUGAUGCUUCCUAGAAAACAGACAGAAAUGAAGAGAAAGAAGAAGUUGCAGUGUAAGGCAUAGAUAUUCAUUUAGAGAUUUGGCAGGUGCACAAAUAAGCAGAUGUCAUGGCACCAAAUUUAACCAGGCAGGCGCAGAAAUGCUGGUUAGCUGAGUGCAUUUACUGUUUAUGCUAGCACAAUGACAUGUAUGGCAUGCAUGCAACCACCAGGUAAAAUAGUUCAUUUGAGGGGGGAAUCGUUUGAACAGUAAAGUGACACCUGGUAGACUUUUUACUGACCCAACCAACACAUCAUAGUAUUAUUUAAUUACUGUGUUUGGUUAGCUAACUAGCUUUAAUCCUGCCGCUGUCGACACAGAGUUCAAGUUAAGAUGUGUGUAACUGAUGGAACUUGACACAAAGUUUGGGCUCGCUUACAGCGCCUGGUGUGAAGUGAAGGAGGAUGAGUGACCAGCUACAUAGAAAAUACUGCCCUCAGUUUUAGUUUUAUACUGAUGUGUCCUGUCCUCUUGCAAUUAAAGACCCACUCCAAUGAAAAUCAUGUUUUUUUCUUGUUGUCUAGAUGUUCAUAUAGCAUUUUUCUGAUGCUACAGGACAUAUAUUUUCUUGAAGACUCCAAAAACAGGCAACUGGACUGUGUACACAGUCACACAGUUCAGUUGCCUGUUUUUGGAGUCUUCAAGAAAACCAUGACCUGGAUGAAUGAGAACAGGACGUAUCAUGAGAAAAUUUAGCGCAAAAUUGCAGCUCUGAGUACUUCUGCAUUCCAAAUGCUGUGAAUCUCUGACAGAGCCAAAAGGCAGGUUCAGACACAGUGAGAUUUCCGAUGUCACAACUCCAAGCUCUGCCCCCGGAGACCUGCUAUGCAGGCCAAACUUGGAGAAAUAGAGAGGACAAUUGCGGAACAAGCUUGUGCGUUAGUGGAUUGCAAUGCUCGUAAUAAAGCUAAUUAUGAUAUUAGCUUUCAUCAUGCCCCUGAAGACAUUAGUGUUCGAGAGCUGAAUAGCACCUAAGGUACCUGCCACUUCUACUACACCAGCAAUGUUAGGCUGCAAGCUAGCAUGAAGAGGAGUAUGUAGAGCAGCUCCGUCUCCGUCCAUGACUCAGAGGGGAAUUGUUAAUGAGCUUUUGGAGAAGCAGAAGAAUAGUCCUUAAAAAAUGACACAGGAAAUGUGAUUUUGGUUAAAAUUUCACUGCCUUUUUUGGUAAAAUGUAGCCAUCUCUUCACCGAGAUAUCUUAACCAUUUGUGCAUAUUGGUUUGAUUUAGGUGACCUGAGAUAGUCAGUGUUUCUUCACAGGACCAACAAACACUCAAACGCUUCACAGACGCUCAAACCCUGUCGACCCUUAGGUUUUGAAAAUGAAGAACGAGAUUCCUGAGAGAAUCAGGUUUCGACUCCCAUUCCUUCCAUGGGUGGUGAAACUGUCGUGAGUCCAAAUGACUUGGAUUGUAAAGUGUUGGUUUCUUGCUAACUGUGCUGUCCACAAAUAAAAAGUCAAAACUGAAGAAAACUUCUUCCUGUAACACAUAAAACUGAAUGUGCUGUUUGAUCUUCCUCUUUCAAUCUGAAGGAAAGCGAUAUAAAAGCACUUAACAUAGUAGAAGCACAAUCAAUUAUCUAUUCUGAGAUGUUAUGUGACAGCAAACACACAGAAAGAAACACUCAGCAGACUGAAUCGUAGUCUGCUAUCUAUUCUAAGACACUUUGUGGUACCUCAGAGGUUCAAAAACACUCAUCAUGUUCAAGCCGUAACCAAUUAUCUUUUUCGAGAAACUCCGUGAUGGUGAAGUCACGCAGAUGCACCGCAGAUGAACCACAGAUGAAUUGAAUCUUAAACCCUUUAUGUCUGAAGGGUGAAUGAAGCAGCUGUCCUGCUGUGUUCCAGCAGGAUUGUGGUGACAACAGACAUGACAUGAAGCCCUCCCUCUUGUUAGCAAAAACAAAACACAUCCUCCGGGGAAAACACAGAACUUUACUUUCAUAUCACUGUCCAUCUUGUUAACAAGCUUACAAGCUGAAAAAAGGUAAAAACACAGAAACAACACAGCCCAGUGCAGAUGGUGUAAAUUUUCACUCAUCAGUUAUCCAUCAUAAUUUUGGACUAGGGAUGUAAAUCAGGAUUUGUGAAGCGCGUGCUCAAUUAAUUUUCUGUUAAGAAUGAUUUAACCACGUUUGGUCUCGUAUAUUGAGCAGCUGGGACAGUGUUUUAAGUUCAGAGUCUGUUUCAAAGCAAACCAACUGGAUAAAGGAGUUGUAUACAGCAGAGACACUCAGCCAGAGGCAUUUUCUACAGUAUGUGUCUGAACUUCAAUUUUAUUCUUUUAUGAGAGAAUUGUUUGUGUGGUACUGCUGGCUGUGAAGCAAAUUGCCCCUUAGGGAUCAUAAAGAUAUCCUCAAUUAAUGCACCAGGUCUCCACAUCUAAGUUUAUUUUUUAUAAGUAAUUAAUCAUUUAUUGUUAUUUUAAAAAAAAAAUAAUAACUAUGUAGACUCUGAAUUUGCAGCUCAGGUCUGGAUGCGUCUGUAAACUUCAACCAACUGCCAAUGAAAUAAAAAAAAUACUUUAUGAGUUUCUUGAAUAAAGACAUUUAAAUUACUACACUUAACACUCAUCUGCAAUUUUGAAUAGCAAGUAAUUCAGGUCAAAGUUUUGGCGUGUUAAUAUCUGAAACUAUUUUGGCUACUUUGGAAACAAAUUCACCUGGAAAUAUUAGCUUAUAAGGAGUUUUGCUAACAAAGGCUGAAUUAAGACGGUUUGAAAAAACACUUACAGGAUAUGUUGCACACACUUCUGUAUUUUUAUUUAAUUACGGACACAAAUAAUGUACAGACACAUAUAGCGCCUUUGCCCGCCCCUGCAGUCUUACGUUAAGACACAAGAAUAUGCAGCAUACACCAGGUUUUUAAAAUAGUUUUAUAUCCCGUAAAUCAAGUUUUACUGACUGUUUAGUAGAAACUGCUUAAACUGGAGGAGGAAAGGUUUAUUUUUUCUGUUUGAGGUGGUUGCACAAUAAAUGAAAUUUAACAAUUUGACACAGGAUAAUAUGAAAUGUUCCACUCUGAAAGUUUAAAAAGCGAAUCAUUAAAUGAUUAAAUACUUUUGAAUCGUUAAAGUAUAAUUCAUGUACAGAUAUAACUCACAUUAGAGGAAAAAGGUUGUUUAAGAACAAACAAACGCUCUGUUGUAAACUUUUGGUUUUAAGUACACAUUUGAAUCUGUGUAAACACCAAACAGGGGAACAUGGCCACCUAGCAGUUUGCUGAAAAGCACUCAGGUGCUCACAUGCAUCAGAUGCAGGUAUCAAACCUUCACCUCUUCAGUCUAAAUUAGAGAAAAAAGAGCUUUAUCGCCUCUGAGCAAACACCUACACCACAAUUUCAGGAAUCUAAGAAAUUCAACUUUUCACAUGUAGUUUAAAUUUAAUGUUGAAUAAGAUAUUUCCAAAUGAAGUGUGUACAUGUCAAGGGCAAGCAAGGAAACUUCUACCUUCAAGUCAUGUGCAUGCAGGGUGUUAAAAUGGCAGCAUGAAAAUCUGUCAGUUUCAGCCAAAAUCACAGCAGUAUGACCACACAGCAUUCACACCUUCAUCGAGUUAGUAACAGCGUAACGUUAGUGCUCCAGAAAUGCAUCAGCGUCCCUGUCGAGGUAAUAAUGAACGUAAAUUCUGCUGUUCUUACUCAUCAAGAGUGAACUCGGCUCUCCUUAUACGGCAUCACAUUGGACACAGUGGAAAAGUAGCAUUGAAGCAAGAGGAGGAAAGUCAUUACAUGACUGUGAGCUGCGGCAAACAGACUUUAACAAGUUCACCCUGUGAAAGUCUCCUUCUUACUGUCUCUAAAAAUAAGCCGACACAGUGUCAGCGCUGAGAAGAAAGUUCCUGUGUUGUAGCAGUGAACAAACUCGACUCCAUAAACACAUUUGAAGGAGCCCGUUCUGCUCUGACCCCCCCACCCUCAGAAGAGUCCACAGCCAGAAAAGAUCAUGCUGAAAUAAGACACAUUAGUUUUAUUUUUUCACUCUUUAACACGUGCUGCGUGGACGCCUCAUAACGCUCGCCGCCACCUCACAAAUAUCACAACAAUGAGAGUAACAAGUUGCUGACCUUGUUUUUGUGUGUGUGCUUCUGCUUGAAGUGACGGAGGGCGAGGCGAGGAGAGGGAGUGAGCGGGCGAGGGAGAAAGAGGAGGACGCGCCUGAGGGAGGGGUAUAAAGGGGUGGAGGUCGAAUUAGGACUUGGUGUUAUGUCCGGAGGAGGAUGGGGGGUGUUUAGGAGCGUGUGCGUGGAGGUGAAAGUGAAAAAACAUCAUCUAAACGCCACUGAGCGUGCGUGUGCACGCUGUGUGUGUGUGUACCUGUGCACAUGCUCAUCUAGGGUUGCAGGAAGGCUUCAGUGUUCAUGUAUUUGUGAGCGUGCAUGUGCAUGCCAUCGUAUUGGUUUGCAGGAUCCAGUGUAUUUGUGUGUUCUGCAAGCCAAAUAUCUUAAAUGUUAAAUGUGUGUGUGUGUGUGUGUGUGUGUGUGUGUGUGUGUGUGUGUGUGUGUGUGUGUGUGUGUGUGUGUGCGUGCGCGUGUGUGUGUGUGUGUGUGUUAAAGAUAUUCAUUCACACUGUAUCUUCUGUAAGUAAAUCUGUUUGUUUGUGCGAACGUGGACAGUCGCGCUGGAUACAUCUCUCAAUUUUAAAACGUUCUUGUGUGGAAAUGUGUCACACAAUACACACACGCCCAUAACACACACACACACACUCUCACACACACACACACAGCUUCAACUCUUUAACUCUGUGAGUGUGUGUGUGUGUUUAGUUAUGCCUGCGUCCCGUCUAUUUUUGCCCCCCACCUGUUAAUGACAUUAAAGCCGACCCAGGGGAAAGGGCUGCAGCAGGGGGCUGGUGUCAGCUCCUCCCUGGCUGUGAGGCUCAUGUCUGCGGCCACGCGCUGAUUGAAGAGGGAAUUGUAGAGUCAACACCUCGAAAACAAGCCGCGCUGCUGGUUGGCCACUGUUUCUCUCACAUGGUUAGACGGCAGACACUGGAGAUCAAAUCCAGCCGGACAGUGAAAACUCACUUUGCUGAUAAAGGAGAAGUCCUUCCAUCGUAUUUUUCUAGAUCAAUUUUGACGUCUUUUUGAAAGUUUGUUCAAUCACAAAACACAAAAUGGCUUUUUUAGAGUGGAUACAACAUAUGCCUGUGGCAGCCAUCUUUUUUGUAUCGUCAUGCAGUUACUGGCAGCUAAAAAGUAACUAUGAAGAGACAGAGAAGGAAUACUUAUCUAUAGGGCUGGACGAUAUGGCCUCAAAUCAAUAUCACAAUAUAUUGAGCAGUUCACCUUGAUAACGAUAAACAUAUGAUAACUACUAAGAAUGAAUCUUAAAAACUGACUUACAUGUGAUGUGUAUUUUGGGGGAAAUAUGGUACCAGGAAUAGUUAGUAGACAAUCAUAACCAUUCAACUGUUUCACUGGUGUUAAAAAUGCGGACUAAAAAUCUGGUACAAUAUGGUAGAAUCGCGAUUCAAAUCCCAUCGGCUGUCAAAAAAUCAUAGAAGAAUCAAAUCAGGAGAAAAAUAUCUCGCCCCAGUCCUACCAAAUAUACCAAUAUGGGCAAAAUGAGGUCGGUUAUUGUUGUAAAUUUCAGUAUCGGUAAGUUUUCGGUUUAUCACCCAGCCCUACUCAUCCUUCUUUUGUACAAGUAUCACCGCUUCUGAAUCUUGGAAAAUAAAAAUAGUGACUACCAAAAUGAUGUUAGGGUGAUUUUCAAACUUUUUACACUUUGUUUCCUUUAUUUAUAUAUUCUCUAUGCAUGAGUAGGGGUGGGAUAUAUGUCCUAAAAAUUAUCACCUUUUUAUCUUUUUGGCAGCACCAGUAUUAUACUGUGAUAUUUACAGUUACUUCUAUUAAACAUUUUAGACUCCAACAAACAGACUUUUUUCCGUCACUGUGGCUCCGCUGGUGUAAAUGUCUGUCACGUGUGCACUCAAACCGAAAACAUGCAUGUGCAGAAGACCUAAACACAUGUUAAAACUGGUGAUGACAGCGUUGGAAAGUCUAUGUUUGCAGCAGAACGUGACACCGGUGACAGUAUUGAAACUGGAGAGAGUCCACGGUAAGGGAGCUGCACACAGAUGAGUGUCUUUAAGCUGAUGGGGGUUCAGUGAUUUACUCAGGGGGUCCUCUCUGGCACCUCUCUACUAACCCAGUUCUUCCUCUGCAUGGAUACGUUUCCACCUCAGGGUAAACUAAUGUGUUUUCUUUUUUGCACCAACACUGCGCCUAUAAUACACUCUGCACUGUCUCAAAUAGAGCUGUCACAGAUGUCCCGAUACACGACAAGUUAUGUUGAUGUUACUAUUGCAUGUAAUCGGAUCAAGUCUCCCACUGAUUUCUUUACAGCCUCAAAUAUCUAUUUGAACAUGGGUUGAGCUCAGAUGACAGGCCGUCAUGUCGUUCAUGAACUGAGCUCAGUGUUUUAAGUCUGCACCGUGAAAUAUCCUGUUAGUGCAGCAUGUCCCGAGUGAUUCAUUUACUGUGGGUGUGACGAUUCUGACAUGAGUUUUGUGAUACUUGAGCUGAAAUUUCAGAGCUUAACUGAUGCAUUACCGCUCUUGACAGUCAUAUCCCAAAAAACAGAUGGUAUCUGUUUUAAUUUGAGGACCUCUCAGCAGGACUCGUAGAGACAAUAGAUGCAAAAAAUAUCCAGUAAAGAUGCUGCCACUUCAUGUAGCUUGAAAUUGAUAUAAUUUUAUAGUGGUAUUCUCUUAAACUCGUGGGAUUUUCAGGGUGAUUAGAGUAUUCAUUCAUUAAUUUUCCAUCAAUCUGAUCAGAUAGAGGGUCGGUGAUCACAGAGAGAGAGAGAGAGAGGGAGGAUACGCUGCAGUCAGAUGUGCCUGGCGUUGUGAUAAACAGUGUCAGUAAGCAGAGAGUCAGUCGGACAAAGAUGGACAGAGAUAGAAAACUAAAUCGACCGGACAGGAGUGAAAGAUGAAGUAUAAGACAGAAACAAAAACUGAAGGACACAGUGAGGAGACCAGCUGAGACAGAUACCUCAGCGCUAAAAAAUAUAGGAAAAUACUGCUCAGCACAAGUUUAGACUCAUUUCAGUGGUUUAACGUGUUGGUGUACACAAAAAAGGUUUCACUGAAGUGACAGGAUACAACUGAUUUAAUUUUCUCAGGCAUUUAAUCUUUCUGCUGAUUAAAAAAAGAAAACUGUUUUGCAAUUUCAAGCUAAAAUGAUUUAAGUAAUCAAAGUUAAUGGUCUCAGAAAUAAUCUAAUUCAUGAUCAUACAUUUUUAGCGGCACCUAAACUCUAGGUCCCAAAUUUAACACCGUACAUAUACAGGAAAAAUGUUCUUUGUGAAAGAUGAUUCUUGAUGAAAUGGUUUAAUUCUCCAUUCAUGAGAGAUACAUCUCCUUAGAAACACGUUUUUUGCCUGUUGAGAUCUGCAAAUGACGUGAAAUGGGCAACACGAAAAGUGCAAAUUGAGCGGACUACUUCUGCGAAUCAAGCAAGUAAUUUGUGCAAACUAAGCAAGUAAAAACACAACAUAUAUCCAGAUAUUCAUGAAUUAAUCGAGGAGAUGAUUUUACUCAUGCCUGGUCCGAACGCAAUACUUCUUUAGAUGUUCAUAAGUGCUUUAUCGACAUUGCUUACAGCAUCUGAAUCUCCAGAAGCCUUUGACAUGAUGAUUGCACGUCUGGUGCUGUGAAUCUUUCUUCGGUUGCUGUGAAACACAGUGCUUGGAAACUUUCUGCAAAUCUCAGUACCUCUCUUUUAUGUGGCUGUCUGCCUCUGCUGUUGGUCCCAUAUUGUGAAGUAUUGGCCGGAUGACAAGUUCCAUAAGAAACCAAACACAUUUUUGAAGCAUAGAAAUCUUUAUGAGUACUGCACAGUUAAACUUUUAUGAUUUCUACCUUCACAGAGAGCACAAUACCCAAGACCUUCUUCAGUGUUGGGCUUCAGGAGUGACUGCAGGUUCUCAGCUUUGUUCAAGGAGUAUUGUUCAUUAAAUGCUCGGGGAAAAGACGGAAUUAUUUAUACCUUUUCUGCUCCCAGUUCACCCAGCCAAUCAGUGGAUAUGAACCAGUGACACUCUGGUGUGCUGACUUCUAAUCAGCAUGAUAUUAGCUCUCCACAAACGUAGGAACUAGAGUAAAAUAUUCAUGCAUCUUUAAAGGCAAACUCCGAUGAAUAUUUGCAUAUGUAUUCUCUUGUAAUGCAAUGGUGAGCCAUCACCAUAAGAUGGCACUACUUUGGCAGCGAGGCACGCAGGGAGAUGAGGGUGGCGGGUCUGAAACUGUUAGAGUGAACUUGUGUGCUGCUGUGAGCUGGGAUGAGAUUACAGCAGCACAAAGGGCCAAGAGGAUUCAUUAGAAUGUCCGACCUGCUGGGAUGAAGCAGAUGUCAGUUCAGCUUCAUGUCUGCUGACUGAAAAUCCACACUUCGCAAUUCUUGUCACGUCCAAGCAUAUGCAAUCUGUAUCAGAGGCACGCUCGAAUAGUUCAGGCCUGGGAGGAAGGUUUGCCAACAUCAUUUGGCCUCAGCAGGAAUAAAGUCAAGUUUAUUUGCUGCAAAUCUUUAGACAUAGUCUGCAGACCAACAUAUUUAAGAAAGGGAAACAAGUAAGUUUUAGCAUAUGAGUAAUUUAUUCGAAGAAGAGUAUGUGAUAUUUUGUUAGGUCGUGAUUUCGUUGCAUAAAGAAAAGAAGCUCUGUGCAGGAGAUUAGCGGUAGGUAGAGUGUGUAGCCUAAAGAGUUGGGGGAGGUAGAGCAUACAGUCCAGACUGGAGAAGCAGGGGAACAGUUUGUAAAUACCAUAGGAGUUGAAAGCAUGGAGGGGGCCGGUCUCAGGAUGCCUGAGUGAACUGUUAAGCCUCUUUGAGGUUUCACAGGUUUGGCUUGUCAAACAUAAUUAAUCACCGAUCACUCUAGCUUUUGCAAAAAUGUAACAAAAAUGUAACAAUGACGAUAAUGUAACAAUGACCCAAAAAGUAACAAUGACCCAAAAUGUAACAUUGACUAAAAUGUAACAUUGACCCGAAAUGUAACAAUGACCCAAAAUGUAAUAAUUGGUCAAUAAUGUAACACGAUGCUGAGCCCAAAAUGUAAAAACUUUCUGCCAAAAAUGUUGCACGUUGUUAUAAGGUUUCAUUAUUAUUUUUUAUUACAUUUCAGACUCAACACCUUUGUCACAAAUAUUGACCAAUCAUUAAAUUUCGGCUUUAUUACAUUUUUGUUUUUAUAACAUUGCAGCUCACUGUUACAAAUUGGGCUCUAACAUGCCUACCUUUGGAUAUCCCCAUAAGCCCAGAAGUUAGCAUGAAUCUCAUUCGCUCCAGAAGCUAACCUUGCUAACUUACUUGUCAUUCAGUUUGGUUGAAAUAAUUGAUAAACCAACUCUUUUCAUUGGUUGCAUUUUUAACGUACGAAUUGGACAUGUUUUUUUUCAUCAGUAUCCUACAACAUUCGGCUGCAGUCUAAAAAAAUCUAUGUCCAGAUAGCUAUGAUAUGCUAGCAGUUGCCUACCUGUCCAGUCUAGCCAUUGUCAAGUGAUUUUACUAGCAUGUUUGGGUUUUACAUUGGAGGUCUUCUGAGGAUGACCUGGGUUUAUUGAACGACUAAUCUGGAUGACUUUCCACCAACUGUUUCUGAAAGAAGGCUGUAACCAGACAACCAACAACAGAUAUCAGUAUUGAUUGUCUACCACUGGUUUACACUGACUGAUUUGUUACCCAAAGUUAUAGACCUUUCCGAAUCUUACAACACAGAUCUAAACAUCUCUUUUUCUUAGUGCUGGUGGAUUUUAAAUAUUAAUGAUGACACUGAAUUACAAAAAUAUUGAUUCUACCUCCUCCUUGGUUGGGUGAAAGCAGCAGCUGAUGGAGUCGUGGGAUUAUAGAUCGCUCUAUAAUGACACAAAAUUGGAGAACAUGUGAUAGAAAACAUGAAAAGGUUGAAAGAGUAGAAGAGAGAGGUUCUGAGAAAAACAACUGGAGAUAAUAGCAGCCUGCUGGUGGGUCUAAUCAGCUCAUCUUGUUCCCCUGAUGUGUCUCUUUCAAACUGUGACUCACAUUGUACAGAUGUAGGAAGAUGCGUAUUUGUUACCUCUGUGACCUUGUUAUUCUUACUCCCUCUAUCAGCAGCUCUUCUCUGUCUUUAGUUGUUAUUGUAUGAAAGACAAUUAGAUAUAAUUAUCUUUGUGCGUCAGUGAUGUGCUGCAGGUCAGGGUCUAAAUGAUAAUGUGAAUACGUACAGUAUACGUGAUAUGGUUAUUAGUGCAGGAAACAUCUCAGACAAAAGGCGCAUUAUUCACUGGGAUUUCUCUGCACAAUAAAAGCCUUUUAUAACUCUGAUUCAUAAUCAAAGUACAUUUGACAUACAAAGAACAAAAAGCCCAAUUAUCCUAAAACCACCGGUGCAAAACCUGUUUGGUUUAAGGGCAGGAUGUCAAAGUCUAAACUAAUCUUUUAAGGGAAAGACUCUUCUCCUCUUUCACACAAAAAUGAGUCAUUACUGGCACACGCUAAAAGGUUCUUUAAAUCUUAAAGUUUAAAAAUGUUAGAGACCUCAUGUAGGAUAAAUAAUAACAGAUUUAUCAGCUGCUUUUUUCUAAUAGUGAGUGAAGUUCAGCGGUACAACCAACACAGCACAGCCGACACUCUCAAAAUGGGAAAAUCUUGUAAAAACCCUCACAGUCUGACGUAACUUUAGAGUAAACAAACACGGCGGAUGAUGGGAUGGUUGUCAUUCUAAAUGCUGCAAGCUGCUUAGCUAUGCACUACCGUCGCAAUUUCCGUCCAACUUCUGAGUUUGAUUGACACAAAACAAUAAGUCGGUCCUCCAUUUUUGGUUCAUUAUUUAACAAUUAUUUUACAACUUCAAAUCCAGGUGGUCCUGACCAGGGUUGUCCCCGUACGAUAUUGAUAUCGGAUAUUGGUCCGAUAUUGGAUUAUAUCAGCCUGCAUCUAAAAUCUCUGACAUCAGCACUCCAAUAUAAGCAGUCCAUUCCAGACUCCGCUCCGCAGCACCCAGAUCUAGCAUGCAGAGCCCACGUGAUCACAACAACAGUGUGUACUAAGGUACGAACAAAGUACCAAGGAGUAGGAGUGAUGUAAAACUUGUCAUGCACAAGUUUGUGCCAAUAUCAGAUCAAUAUCGGUAUCGGCCAAUACUGAAGGCUACAAUAUCAGUAUUGUAUCGCAGGUAAAAAAAAAAAAAAGUGGUAUCAGGACACCCCGAGUCCUGACCAUCUUUCAAGCAGAUCAGGAAGAAGAAGAAAGAAAUGAGGGUUCCUCUAAAUUUGGCAUAGAUGUGGGGAAUUUCAUGGGAAAGGCAGAGUUUGAGUUUGUUUUGAGGAUAUCAUCACUGAUCAGGGACUAAACUAAGGGUGUCAUUUAAAAUCUGCAUCAGACGGAUGACAAGUCCCUGACACAAACAGAAGUGUUUGAGUGGAUUCAAGCUGAAUUAUUUGACCACAGAAACUUAAAAUUUCCUCUGAACUAGGCUGGGUUUAAAGCUGAACAACAACUUGUAACUGCAGUUCCAUAUGCCGACUGUCAUUAGUGCUUUUGAAUAGAAACAAAAGCUCUCUACUAAAGGCUCGAUUCAGACAAGUUUGUUUCUAAACUCACCCCUUCACUCACGUCUCUCUCUUCCUUAACAAAAGGUUGAACUUUUAGGGGUUGUGUAAGAGCAUUUACUGCAGCUCCUGAGCUGUCAGUCAAACAUUAAAUCAGAUGAUAAAAGUUUUCUAAUCCAGCAGAACGAGCAGAAAAUAUUCAAAUUUAUUCAUGGUUUCUUCCCUGUGUGGUUGUGUUUAAAAUGCGCUUAUCUCGCUUUGAAAACUAUUAUGUAUCCGUCAGUCCUGCACUGACUGAAAUGCUUUUACCACAUGAAGAGCUUUGUUUCAGUCUGGCAUGAAUGCAUUUGGGAAUAGAAUAAUUUCCUGACAUCCAUCAUUCAACAGCACUCGAAAAAACAUAAUAAUACUGAGCUGUUUUGUAAAAAUAGCAUGAUUUUGACAAGCAGGGGACUCAGCUGUCUGAGUCAAAACUAGUGGAGUUAUUAGUGUUGGAUUCCCUGCGUGGACGACCCAUCACCCACUGGAGUAGUCGCAAAUGUGUGUGAAUGCAACCAUAUAAUAACUCACAGUGUGUGCGUAUUUAAACCCAAACCAUGGCCAAGCAUUUACUCCAGACACAUUAUAAACACAAAACUUAAAAUCAAUAAAGUUGUAUGUUCUUGUUCAAGGUGUCUAUGAUCCAUCUUACUAUGUGCAAGAGCAAGGGUUUGGAUUCACAGAUUCUCAGAUAAACAAGAUGGGAAUUCUGACCCAGAACCUUUGACUCCAAAUGAUCUGAGUCAAACCAACCCUGUGAACCUCAACAACUCUUCAUAGCAUCAUUCAGGUAUAAGAGCCGGCUUUUAGGGAUGAGUUGUUUGGAAAAAAAAAAAAACACAUCACAAGGCUAACCAAUGUAGCUCAGAUGUCUAUUGCCAUGGUGCUGCUUUCCAAAGUGAAAUUACUUAGUUCAAGAAAACUGUCUUUAACUCAAGUUCAGAGUUCCCGUUAUCAUUUUAAAUGUAAAUGUUCAUGUUACAAGUCAUGAGUUAAAGACAGUAACCCCAGUUAUCAAUUGAUGUAAAAGUGGAUGGGUGUAGGUUACUGCUUGACUACUCUCUUAAAAUUUUUAAAACGUCUUUUCCGUGUGUUUCAAGAAGUCACAGUGAUGUUAUGUGUUUUGACAACGCAGAAAUCUUUUAAAAUGGCCAUACAUUAAAAUAAAAGGUACUGAUUGGCAGUCAUGAACUUGACCUGCAUAAACUAUUACUGACCCAGGGGCUACUAAGCCAAGGUGGAGUAAGACAUUUUCUUUUAACCCCCAUCAAAAUAUCAUAAACGAGAACAUUGUUCUGAAAGUCAUCACCAAUCGACCAAGUUUGUCAUUUAGUCUCGGUGUCACCUUUCUGAACAAAACAACAAAAAAGUAAAGUCAUAUACUUGAGGUGAAACCCACUGAACAACCUGCUAGGAGCCCUUCACCCUUUAAGAAGGUUGUCUAAGGACGCCGCAAAAUUCCCCUAUUCCUGUAAGUGCAUUAUCACCUCUAAGAGGCUUUGAAGACCCCGACUUAAAAGGUUUGAAGUACUUGGAAGCUGCUAAGAUGGUACGUGUCGUGAGUUUGUUGGGAGUUUAGGUGAGUGAAUUAAGGGUCUGAGACACUUAAAGAGAUUAUUUAAGCCUCCAAAAACCUUUAUGAAGUGUCCUUCCUGGAGGGAGCCCAGCAACAAGUAUUUAAAAGUGCAAUGAAAAGCACAGUUGAAAAGCUGUGGGCAUUUUCUUCUACUUUAAUACUAAAUCAAUUGCAUACAUUAUUCAAACUAUCAGGCACUUUGCUCUGCUUGUACAACUUAAGAACCAGCCAAGAGAUGAAGAAGUGAGUGAAAAGCAUGCUGUAAACACAACACAGCUCAUCUGUUUACGCUUCAUACAGGUGUAAAGCACUGCAUCAUCUGCAUAAAGAGAAACUUUAACAAUGCUGAUCUAAUUUUGUGACAAUAAAACAUGAAAACAUAAACAUUGCUGGUCCUUGGAUAUAUCCCUGGGUUACCCCUUUUCUAAGUGAAGUUAGCUGUACCCCAACUGUGGAAACAGGUACAAAACAAACAGAGUUCAUGUGAGCUAAGUGCAUUAGCGUAUGGUACUUUUUACAUCAGACACCAAUGCCUAAAGAUUGAAAAUACUGUGGUUGAGCUAAGUAUGUCUGCACAUUUUGCAGCACAAGAUGGAAAUGACGCAAAAACUAUAAAUGUCCCAUUAAUGACAGAGUCCAGCUUUAGCUUUUGUGUGUUUCUGCUCAGUUUUUAUACUGUGGGAUCUGAAAGUUAAAAAUGUCAAAGAUGUAAUCAAUUUGAAAUAAGUAAAAUUCAGUUUCAGUAAUUAUUCAGCUUCAACUCAGAAACCUGGCAGUUGUCAGGAGAGUCAAAUAUGGGCCAAAAAUCUGGUAAAUUAUCUCUGAGUUUAGAGCUAGCUUGAGAAAAAAUCAGACAAUAAUAAUAGAGUGCAAGUCCAGUUUAAGCAUUGGUUAUUGAGUUGUUAAGUGUCAGUCUCUUUUGAAACUGUGACUUUAUUUCACUCUUAAAAAACAUGUAUUCCAACCAUGCAGAGCCGUUUAAACUGCUGGUUAACAUAGUUAUUCUAACAUAAUCUUUCUCUAAACUUGUCUACAUAUACAGCAGGUCAUAUAGUUGUCUAUAUUAUUCAACAUAAACGUACUGUAAGGCGUAUUUUGGUGAAAAUUAUUAGGUAAACCAACAGCUUGGUCUUUUUUUAACCACCAUCUGGCAUAUUUUUAGCGUUUUUCUAAAUUUAGAUCAAAACAAUCAGAUUGUUGCAGGAUAAUCUCAUGUAUAUGUUGGAGUAACAAGUGAAAAGGCACCUGACAGGCAAGCUAGUAUUACCAUAACUAAUUAUAACAGAGUUCAAAGAAAGGGGAAGGACCUGGAAUUAGCCCCGGGGGUCAGGAGGUCAGCCUCUAACGAGCUUAUACAACAAGCUUAGGCUGAGGAAAGACCCAGACCUCUGUGUAAGCUGUGAAGUUUACUGUUCAGCACUGUCUCAGCUCAACAUGACUAAGGAAGUCUACUAUGAUCAAAACACAGCAGGUUGAAAGCUGAGGUAUACAGAUCACUAUCAUUUUAGGUCAUUACUACUUCCAUAACUUUGAAACACUUGGACUAGCCUAAAGAUAUCACCAAGUUUGAACGCUUAAGCGCUAUAUGAGAAACAGCAAAGGGAAAUACAACACAUCCUCCAUAAAUCUUAUUUUCUAAAGUCCAGUAGCAAAUAUAUGUUUCCCACUGAGAGCUGAGAACCAAAAAGUAAUAAAAGCGUAGGUGAUUAUUGGAAUUUGUUUCAUUCAGUUUUAGAAGCUAUGUGCUGCUGAUUCGCAAUCUUUCGGGUAAAGAAAUGCAGUUCCUCGACAGGCCACUUGAGGCAUAAAGACAGAAAAGUCGACAACCCUUUUACAUAAACCUACCUUUAAGGUUACUUCGGAGUGUACAGUUUUGUCUAAUUUGGGGGGUUCUGCUGGUAUGAUAUAGGGCUGGGCGAUAAACCGAAAAUUUACCGAUACCGAAAUUUAUGACAAUUGCCAACGCCAUUUUGCCCAUAUUGGAAUUUUUGGUGUCAAAUAAAGAAAUAAAUAAAAGUUGUUUUUGGAUGUGUGUAGAUAGGCUAUGGUCUCAUGUCCCUAUAAGGUGCUGUCCUAAAUCAGAGACGUGACUCCAUCCAGUCCGUAACAAAGAGGGAAAGACAGGUGAGGAGAUGGAGGAGGGUUCAAAAGUUGUAGCUGCUGAAGAAGACAAAGUUAAUGUGGGAGGGGGUGAGCAGCAGGUGGAGUAGUUAUCGUCCAUUUAUUGUUAUCGAGGUGAACUGCUCAAUAUAUCAUGAUAUUGAUUUGAGGCCAUAUCGCCCAGCCCUAGACUGUGACCAUAUUUUGAUUACUGAAAACCAGGACAAAAACUAGGACUCAGCCCGGCGAUGGGGUUCUUCAUAACUUUAGCUUUCCUCUUCAUCCUAGGGCCCAUUAAAUUAAUGCUUAUGUACGGCAUGUUAGCACUAAUUUAAAGGGAUGUCCACACAUUACAUCUUUCUGGUUCUGUUGUUGGCUUUUCCAAACAGCUAACAACCCUAAUAUCUCCCUAAACAUGUUAUGUCAACAGCCACACUUACUGGUAAAUGGUGCCGUUUUUCACAGUGCUUCCAGUAGUCCCAACUGUGUUCAAUAUUUGAUAUUAAAUGUAGCACUCAGGUGUUUCUAAACACAAGCACAGUGCAAUGUCAGGUGUUAGGGAGAGUGUCUGAAAAUCAAAGCUCGAACAAUGGUUAUCCCAGAGACAAACAGGGAGAAAUCUAUGAGAGAAGUGAGCACAGAAAAGCUUUUCUACGCCCACAUGCAGUUGCAGAAAAUAGACCUAAGUGCAGUGCAGACCCAAGAUCUGUUUUGAGUAGUUCUCACUUUUUUUUUUUUGUGGUGUAAAAACUCACCUAACUUUCGCACUAUGUGUUCUUACUAUCACUACCACUCUCCACCUACAGUAAAAAACCAGCAUGUGAAAGCAAAACAUUUAAGGACAGCUCUGUCUGCAGAUGGACACAGGCUGGUUAUAGAGUGGUGAGUUUACACUCUGACUGGACAAUAUUAUCAUGAUGGUUUCUCAACCAUGUUGCUGUCUGAACUUGUCUUCUUAAACAAGGCUUGAUGAUGGAUGUUUUUCAAGGACACCAAAGUUAUAAUGUUUAGAGGCACAUCAAAAACUGAAGGAGUUUUUGAAAAGAACUCAUGACUUGGCAUAACGGUUCAGUCAUUUAAACACUUAAAGUUAACUUAGUUUCCAAUCAUUUUCAACUUUCAUGCCUCCAAACUGCAUGUUGGUUUCAGGAAAUGAAGAAAAAUCACAGAAUUACCGAGAGCUUUUUGGCUUCAAAUCCAUCUACUGACGGAAGGUGGAACCAAGUUGUCCAUUGUACAUUCAGUCUAUGGUUUGGACCAAGUUUAGACCAAAUCUAAAUCUGGGCUAUAUCUAUACUACACUGUAUAUUGCUCAACAGCCAUCAUAAUUAUUUUGGUUAAGUACUUGGAGAUCAGUUAUGCAACUCACAGUUGCUUUUUUAAAUAAAUAGUUAUCAAAUAAUGGGUUAAAGUGCAACGUCUAAAUUCUGUCUAAGAAUAUACAGAAUCUCUAGGGUUGAAAUUGGGUAAAAAAAAAACUAGAUGUCUAAUCGCCGUCUAUUAAUCAGUGGGAAAUUCUGUCUCCUUCCCAAAAAGACAUAAACAGAUGAAUUGCACCAUUUUCACCGGUCGUCCUUUAAUAAACAGUCUUAACACCAAUGAAUGAACAUUCAGGAGCACCACAGAUUUCUCUACAUAAGGGUGAUAUAGAGAUAAAGAAAUAAUUCGUCCCUGCUCAAUGAUAACAUAUGACCUAUUUUGUUUUGUCAUGCAGGUCUGUCUACCUGCCAUUCAGUUCCUGUCAGAACCUUCCGCUCUGACGCAGGGCAGGUGCGGCUCCUGGUGACAAACAGGUGGGCGUGUCUAACAGUCAUGGGGGCCGGACCAUCGAUCCCGGCUGAACUUAAUCUGCAAUUAAAAGGACUUCAGCCGCCAAAGUGAUUGGAGUGGAUUCAAAUACAGUUUGACCCAUUUCCGGUCCUUCACAGCAUGUGAUCACAGGUAAAUCCACUGAGGAGUGUUUACAGUUUGGGAAAAAACGACUGUUAAAGAAAAAAAAAAGGAUAAAAACAAACAGUUAAAUUAGUAAUGUGCAGUAGGUGAUCGAUGUUGAUAAGCUAGGGGCAAUGCAAAAGAAACCAACAAAAGUCGAUUUAGAAAAUAAUCUUUUUGGUUCCUUUUAGAUUUCAUUAUUUUGUCUUUUUUUUUGCUUCUGUUUGCUUUUUCAACCCACUCACAAACCAAAUCCAAGAACCAGAAACUACCGCAUCACCGCUCUGCAUCAAACUUUUUGUUGAGCAAAUUAACAUUUCUUCAAUAAAUCCAAAAGUGACUUUGAAAAGUAAAAAAAUCUAAAUGCAAAGUGAUAACACAAAGACUGGUCGUCAGUUCGUCUCUCUGAACAUGCAGAGGAGCGAUGAAUGCAUGAAAGAGAUUUAGAGGGACGCAGAGACAGAGGGUUAAAAUUAUCCCCCUAAAGCCAAUCCUCCUCAAGCUGAUCAGUGUGCUCAAUGGACUAGCCAGCUCGGAGACUCCAAAGUUGCAGGCAGGUAAGAAAACUUUUCUGUCUUUUUAUUAAAAACAUUUAGAGAACUUUUGUCAAUUUUAAGUCUUAGCAGAGAAUCAACGUUUUAUUCAGUUACUCGAUUGAGAAACUUUUAGAUCGUUGAGUUUAAGCUGAGCUGCUCAGGUAGGUUACAGUGACACAGAUGAUGUGAAUCAAGUCCAGCAGACAGAGCAUCGUACUUUUUGAUAUCAUUUUGAGGUUUAGUGGCAAAGAAAUCUCCUUUUUUCCCACUUUAUUAUGUUGAAAAAGAAAUUUACUCUUUUAGUUGCAUAACACACGAGCAAGGAUUCAUCUAAGGGGGCCAAAUAGGAAAUAAACUACAAGAUUUACUCCUUUAUGUGCUGUUUUUAUAAUGCAGAUAGAAACUGUGAGGUAAUGUUUUUCUCAUAUCUGCUAUUAUUCUGCUCUGAGAACAAAGUCUAUUCUUUAAAAUCUGCUUUUUUUUCCUGUUAAACCUCUGACCUUUAAGAGAACAGACUCGGGCGUUUCACAAAAUGAAUUUAGAAAAUUGAGUUUUGCUUCUUUCUCCGUUGAAUUCUAUUUCAGUGUUUCUCGUUACAAAAGCCGCCGCAGGGUUAAGUAAAGACUUCCUGAAACCUCCAUGCUGAGCUGUUAUGUGAAGCUGCACUGAUAUUAGAAAUCUUGAAUAACAGACCACGUGUGCUCACAUGUUCCCCAUCCUUUACUUGUUUUCAUGUUUUUAAAGAACUUGAAAAUCUCGGAUAACUUUGGGUUGGCAUUAAACGGAGCAUAUAUACUCUCUGUUAUGAGCUUGAAUAAACCCAUGGUACUCUGUAUCUAAAGAGCACACAGUAGAUCAGCUAAAACUUAGAUUUUAUUCAUAUUCAGUCAAAGCAUUGUCUUGUCGCCCCGACCCCGACGACCCGUGCACCCGCCCCGUCUCUCCAUGUGCCACCCUUUAACCUUGUUUAAAAAUUAGAGCAGUUUUGAUGGGCUUUACAUCACGUGCAGCUAAGAUGUUGAUGUGUUUGACAUGUCGACAAUCCCCUUAUGAGUUUGAACUGUUUGAACCGAACAUUAAGAGCAAAAAUACAUCCUGAAUCUUGUUGAAUUUCAAUAUGCAAAGAUCGGCAGAUAUGACAUUCCUGAUGAGCUCGAUCUUUUAUUUAUAGUCGACAUCGUCUGUGAGUUUCAGGAGGGAAUUCUUGUUUCUCAAAGCAUCAAAGUUAGAUCAGAUGGAGGAAGUUUGCUGCUGCUGCUGUUGUUGUUGUCGUCGUCGUCUUUACAUCCUUUUCCUUUUCCCGUCUUGUGCAUCCUGCUGAGCGCUGGCUUGGCCUGGUAGUUGGUGCACUGAUGAGCUAAAGGCCACGUGCAGCAAAAGGACCUUGGUUUGACUCCUCUCUUAUUAGUUGCAGUGUCGCCAAAGAGAAGCUUAAAAAGAGCCGAGGAAAAAUGCGAGGAGAUCCAUCAGCACUCAGAUGAGGAAUCUGUAUCUAGACAAGCGUAACUCAAGGUUUUAGAAAAGCUUGGACAGGAGGGAACUGGAAACUGGACCAAAUAGUGAAUUUGAUCAACUCAAAUUUCAAGACAGGAAGGAGAUCUGAUCCCUAAAAGUGUUGUACUUUCAUCUGUUAUUCUGUCACUCUGGUUCAGUGGGUGGACUUCUGUCACAUUUAGCAAAUUACAUCUGUACUUAAUUGUGGAGCGCCCUCUCUAAACAAAAGAGUGCUUCACGUACAAAACAAAAUACAAAGGCAAAGGAUGGAGUCAAGCCAACUUCACAUGAAGUGCUUGUUAAACUUUAGUGACAGCGCUCUGCACAAAGGAUGCAGUGCAAAGAUAAUUAACAACAGACUCUCAUUGUCGGCCAAAAUCUAAACUCCAUCUGAAAAUCUGUCUCGUUCACCGAGCUCUUGUUGGUUUUUGACUUUUGACACGUCUGUAUUGCGGGUAUAAGAUCAUAUCUGUUCAGGAUCUCGCUCUCUCUCUCUGUUGGUGAGAAACCGGAGCUCGCAGCUCUGCCUCAUGAGCUCUCGCGCUAAGCCGGUGCAUUGUCACAUUGGUUUGUUGAUGUUUUGACUUUCUCCUCUUGAGCCCUGAGAGCUCGCCGUGGAAUCACAAGCAUGUCCAGCUGGACCGGCGAUGGUGACCCUCGACGGGAAGGUCUCUAAUCAAAGCUGUCUCCGUGUCAACUGGAGCGUUGUUUUAACCUUAGGGUGAGGCAGAGGCUUAACCUUUGACCUGUCCGAACAAGCAGUGUGAGCUGGCAGCGAUUCACAAAGGUUCAAGUUUACAAAAAUCCCCCCCUCGACUCUGAGACGGAGACUAUAAAUCUUAAAGAUCGUCCAUGUCUGCUCAGCUUCCACAGACAUAAAUCACACAAGCCUCUGCUGACAAAUCAACUAUCUCAACACUUCUGAGUGAUUUUUAUCCUUUUUAUUGAGGAAAUGUAUUUAACUGUUGUCUCUUUAUUGCUGCAGAGUGGUACUAGAAAGAAGAUCUGUGUUUUUUUAGUUUCUCUGGUACUUGCUACUCUUCUAAGAUUAAAUCUAUUUUUGUGAAGGCGCUGGGUUUUGCAUGUGUCGUUAGCUAACUGAGCCUCACCUUCUUUAAUCAGCACCAGAAUUACAGACAGGUUAAACAAUUAAUCAAUAUCUUGAAUAUAGUGGGUAAAGGUCUUUUUAAGAAUAAUGAAAUAUUGAUAACAUGUCUAAAAUGAUAGGGGCGGUAGUGGCUCUAUAUUCUGGUUGCUACUCACUCUUAAACGGAGGAAAGACAGAUCCAAAUCAAUGUACAUUUCUACAAUUUACCAAGCUGCUGUAGUAAAUCAUAUCUGAGGGAAUGAUGGUUUAAAAUAAGGUUUUUAGAUGACAUAAAAAGGGACAGGUGUUUGCAGACAAUGUGCAAUAAAAAGUCACAAACAACCAAAUAUAAUGAGAAAAAAACUGAUGACAUGUAGGAAAGUUAAAAGUAUUUAUUAGUAAAGUUAGACAAGUCUCUCCUGUAUUUUAAUGAUAGUUUUAAUUUAAUAUUGUGAUAAGUACUUAGAGUAGAUUUACAGUUUAUAUAAAGUGUGUUUUUUUUAACUAGCAUGUGAAUCGUUAUAUAGUGAGUUAAUGCGUAAUCAGCACAGGCAUAAGGAUGUUAACAUGCGAGAAGGAUCACAUGCAGGUGGCACCAGUGUUAUCUAACCUUGACAUAAUUUGUCUUUAUUUACCCACAGACUCUAUAAACCAUGUUUCAACUCUAAGUUAGACUGUUUUCUGAGUGUUUCUUUAGUUGAAAUUUAAAUUACUAUCUAAAUGACUGAGAGAUUAGCUGCUUUCGGUACGUCUUUGCAGAUUACUUUAUUAAUAACUUGAAUCAUAUCAGUGAGUAAAAACUUUGUGAAUUGUGUUCUUUUUAAUAAUCCUGAAGUAAAAUUUUCUACAUCAUGCUCUUAAUCUUCAUCAUCUCUGAUUGUGAAGACUGUCAGGGUGAAAUUUUCUACUGUGAAGUGAUGCACUUCAGUUUUUGUUGAUGAUCAGUUAUACUCAACUUAGAAAUGACCAUGUGCAAAAAGGAAAUACUAUGAAUGCAUCUAAAUAAAUAUAUCAAGUUAGAAAGUAUGUUGAUAUUUAUAGUCUAGGAAGUCGCAGAUGAACGAAUAGAUGGUUUGAUGGAUGGAUUGGGAGAAUAGUGGAUAAAUUAGAUGUGGGGCUGAACGAUUCCUCGAAUACCUCGAUUACAAAAAAAGGAUCGAGGAAUUUUCAAGAACCUGAGUACUCGUUUUUAAGCUCAAAUCGUCACUGUUUUGCACAGAUUAUUUUCAAGGUAGCACAAUGCGCUGGCGUCAUCACGGUAGGAGGAGUAAGCGUGGUUUGGGUUUUGCAGAGUGGAAAAAAUGAAUAAUGAGAGGAGCUUUUCUUCUGCAGAGCUCCAGUAGCUCAUUAGCAAUUUGCCUUUGAGUCGUGGGCGGAGACAGCGCUGCUCUACACACUCCUCUUCAUGCUACCUUGCAGUAGCAGAAGCAGGUAAUAUAGGAGCUAUUUAGCUCUCGGACACUAAUGUCUUUAGGGACACGAUGAAAGCUAAUAUCAUAAUUAGCUUUCUUACGAGCAUCGCAAUCCACUAACGCACACGCUUGUUCCGUGAUUGUCCUCCUUUUUUUCGAAGUCUGGCCUGCAUAGCGGGGCUCAGGGGUUGUAGCUUGGAUUUCUGACAUAGGAAAUCUUACUUCAUGUGAGUCUGCUGUUUUGGUCCGAUAACUCGAGUAAUUAAAUCGAUGGAAUAUUCGGUAGAAUACUAAAAUGUAUUCGAUAGCUGCAGCCCUAAUUAGAUGACAGUAUUGGAGGUUUGUGGAUUAGUAGGUAGCUGGAUGGAUGCAUAGAUGCUCUUUAAGUGACGGUACUUUGGACCACUGGAUCCAGUAAAGUGAAACAAAGGACUACACUCCUGUUUAAACCCUAGAGGACCAAAUAACCAACAAAAAUGUGCAAAAAUAAAAAAGCACAAGGUGAAGUGAAGCCCCUCAGUGGAUGUGGUACUUAGUAAAUCCACAGUGGAGGGCUGUUGACCUGGCAGCUCUAAACUGUAAUUACACAAGCAGUGUGAUUGUGAGGUGGGUGAGUUCAAAAAGGGAAUCAGUCGCUCUUUUUUAAGCUCUUUUCAACUGAUAUGGAGCCUGUUUUGCAUAUUCAAAAGUGUGGGUAGAUCUGGGCUUUCUGUGCACAGCAGCACUGUUGUGUCAAAUAAAAACUUGUAGUUGUGAUUUCAAUCAAAGAAUAAGUUUGACAGGUUUUUUACUCUUUGUUUUAUUGAAAUAUAAUAAUUACACCUUCUUAAAACUGAAAUAUCUGUAACCCAGGUUGAAUUUCAUCUCUGUCUAAAUUUGAUUGAAUGCAGAGAGAUGAGAGAUAAUUAUAGAUGGCAGGAUUAGUCACUUUUGAAUAAUAGUGUCACUUUGAUGAGAAAUUCUACUUUCAAAUUCGAAUAAAAACAAGCGAGAAGGCGAUUUGAUUUUAGGUGACUAACAGAAAAUUCAUGAUUCAAGUCAACACUAACUACAAGAGUCUGAACAACUAAUUUAAGGUUUGGUAAAACUAAUCUCUCACGAUUAAAUGAGCUUAAAAUAAAUAUAACUGACAAAUAGUCUGGAAAUAAUCGAGAAGUCACCAAGAGUUAAAAAAGAAAACUAACUCUGGAUGUAAGAUCUUGCAUGUUUUAUCUACUUGUCAUAGUGUAUUGUGUAUAAAUAAGUAUUUUUUCUAUGUUUUUGAACAUCUGACUUAGGACAACACAUUAAAAUUAGCAUAUAAGCUAACUCCGGCAUAUUUACAUUGAUGCUUUUGCUGACAUGUCAAUUUAUGUGCAUUGUUCUAAUCAAAUAAAUGAAUAAUAAUUGAAAAAAAAGUUUUUACAUCAAAAAAGUUCAUAUAUAGUUUGCCUCACAGACAUUUCUCAUAUCAAAAAUCAUCAAUCACAUCUUCUACACAACUACAUGUUUGUUUAGGGAGGAACCUUUUCGGGUCCAAACCAUAAAACCCUGCCCAACCCAAGAUUACAACAAAGUGUUAAAAACAGAAACCUUUAAAUGUCUACAUCUUUCUAUCCAUCAAUACAAAGGUAAAAAAAAACAGGGUUUCUACGCAAGUAUAAAAAUAAAUAUUCCAGCUCUUAAAAAGUAUGGAAAAUGAAAUAUAAAGGAUGGUAAAAUAUUGAUGUUUCCAGACUAUUACCACAGUUCCAAAAUACUGUUUUCUGAAAUAGAAGUGUAAGUUUUUCCAAAAAUAAUUCUAAAAAGUAGGGUAUGGAAAAGUAUGAAAAUUCCAACUGUGUAGGAACCCUGGAGUAAGUCUUCAAAACUUAAAAAUCUCUCAACAAAAACUUUUAAUAACAAAGUCAGAAUUAAAGCGUCCUUGAUAAUACUCUAAAUAAAGUCGUGCACUCAGGGCCCAUGUGUGACGCCACGUGCUUCGGUAAAGUAUCAUGACUUAAAUCUCCGCUAAUGUUGCUUUAAGUAUCAGACAGCGGGGCUCACUGACGGAUUUAAGUCCUCAUGUGUUGGCAUCAGGCACACCUCUGAAAACCUUAUUAAACCCAACUCAGGAUGCAAGUUAAACUUAAAGAAAUGACGCAUUUGGCAUGAUUUGACACCAGGAUGUGAUUCCUAAUAGUUAGUCGUGAUGAUCUCUUGUUUUGUUCCACAUCAGCAAAAUAUACCCCAUGUAUACCCCAUGUUAGAGAAGAAGGAAAAGGACUGAUCAGUAUGUUUUUGCAGCCCCUGGUAGGGUUAAAAUCAGCACAAGCCAACAUAUAAAAGUUAUCUUACCUAAAAGUCUUAAAAACUCAAUGUUGCUGCAGCUGAAACAUCUACUCUUGAAUUUCCUGCAGGAAUCCUGUCCGUCCGCAGCCUCCACAGCUAAACUCGACUCUGAGCCGUUUUUGUCUCCCAUGAAUGAAAUCAUAUAAAAUGGUAUGUAAUCAUACGCAUUACCGUGAGGUAAAUGGCUCCCACUUUGUCAGAUUUGACAAAAGCCUCAGCUCUAAAAUGGUCUCUUUCGAAAGCAGAGAGCCAGAUUGUCGCUUUUUAUCAGGCGAGACGGUGAGUUUCUUUUCUAACUGUGAUGCAUCGAACUUUCCCAUUAUAGCACUCAGAUGCAUUUCUCUUUGUAUAAAAGACGAAGAAAGAGAAAUAUUCAAAAAAGACAUACUUUCAGAAAUGGUUUCAGAAGAGUCUUGCUUUUAAACUACAUGGUUCAUAUCAUGUUUUUGACAUUUAAAUUGGACUUUUAAUGUAAAUAUUUAUGCCUAAUGAUUGGGUGGAUUAUGGAAACAUAGAGUAUUGUUAUCGCUUGUGAGGAAGUCUAACAGUAUCGAAUGGAAAAUAAGUCGUUGGUGAACAUUUGUACAUUAUAAGUUGGAGGACGCAUCUUAUAAGCUCAAAAUAUUACCUUUAUAACGAUAGAUACAUAACACAACCUUACAUAAUUAUUAUUAUAUGUCAGGUUGUGAAUUAGUACUUUCUAGCUGACUCCAGAGAUCACCCCGAACAUUAUCAUCCAUGACGAAAUCAUGAGGACACAAUUCAUAAUGCUAAUGAAGGCUGUGUAUACUGUUGAAAUUUUAAUGUUUAUUGAACUGAAUAUAUUUCCCCUGUAACUGUUUAAAUUUUAGUCAAUAACUCUGUUUUUAGAGACUCAACAAGUGAUGAAUUGUAGUAAAACUUGAAAUCCAGAAAAAUUAAAACAAAAAAAAUUAAAUUUGGAAAUAAAAAAAACUUCAUCUGGAGCAAAUGAAAGUGGAUUUCUCAGGCCGCAUAUCUUGAUAAAGAUGCUGAGUAACUUAGCAUAAUGUAACAAGCAUAUGCAACAUACUUAACAAAGUCCACAGUCUGUUUUUGUAAAUCUAACCGAGAUGUUUUGAGGGGAAGUUGAUCACAUGAGUUAGGGGGACUGAAUAUUCAUAAAAUUCAACAUUUCAGUUGCUGAAUCAAUCCUGAUGUACUUCUUCUAAACCUUGUGACUCAUAUUUGGAUGCUUUUUGCCAUACAGGGCUCUUUUUUCCUUUAAUGAGGAACUCGUACUCGUAGGGAUGAUUGUCAACACGAGAGUUAGCCUGUAACGUAAGCGUGACAGCUCUGACGCCUCCUCCCUCAUCAACCCUAAAAGUGUCUCUUGGCUGUUUUGCGGCAUGCCGAGUCACAUUUAGACAGACAUGACUAGAUUUCCCCGCCCAGGUUAGCACCCAGUCAUAGCACCUGACAAGGUAGGAGGGAGGGCUGACUCGUGUGAAGUGUUGCGUAAGACUGGGAGGUCAGAUCGGGGCACUUCCUGGUAAAAAAAAAAAAAUGGAAGGAGGAGCGUGUCUUAGCUGCGAGAGGACAGAGGGUGGGAUGAACAUCCACUGAGCCUGGAUAAGUGACCUGGGCAAGGGGCUUGGAUUGGCUUGAGAAGCUAAACAUGCAUGCACAUGUACAGACAGCGUAUCCUGCAUAUGAGCUUAAACAGACUAACUCGCACGAACACAGGCUGAGAUGUGGACAGAGGUUUUUUUGUUGAGUUUAUUGAAGCUUUUGCAGCUUUUUUAGUACGUCGAGUUAGGAAUCUGGUGUACGUUAAAAACAAUAAACAAGAAGUGUAGAGACAGUAAAACAAACAUUUCAACUUCCACGAAUUCAAAUGAAUGUUUAAAAAGUGUUUUAUCUAUGAAAAUAUGUGAAUUGUGUGAAUAUUUCUGUGUACUGACGUUUCAUGCACAUGUUCCCCACCUGCAGAGAUACAUGUGACAACAAUGGGUGCAGAGCCGAGAGCCGAGUUCCUCUGGCAGAGCUGGUACCCUGCAGCCAAUCCCUCAUUAAAUAGCAUUACAUCCAAUCAAUCCUAUUAGUCUGUCACCCUUUAGUGGAGGACAAGAGACAGGGAGAUGUUUUCUACUUGAUCAAUAAAAGAAGAAAUCAUUUUUAGAUCUGAAACAGCACCUUUAAGAGCUGUCACAAACUCAAGUAUACGCUGUACUUUUUGGACUCUAACAGAGAGAAAUUAUACUGGGAAAAAUGUAGAGUAAUGGUUCAGGAGGUUAAACAUUUAUGUUCGUCUGUGGUGGUCUUUUUCUGUCUUUCUUGUCGUCUCAGUAGAAAAGGGAAACCCUCGCCAACUUUCCCCUUUUUGAUGCUCUCAUGCUCUCAAAGCCCAUGUGUGACGCCACGUGCCUCUGCGCAGUAUCAUGUCUUAAAUCUCUGCUAAUGUUGUCUUUAAGUAUCAGACAGCGGGGCUCACUGACGGAUUACAGCCCUCUUGUACUGGCAGCGGGCACACUUCUGCAUGCCUCAUUAAAUUGCACUGACUUUGAAAAAGCAGCUCUAAGAUGGCAGCACUUAGCAAAAUAACGACCUGAUGUCAAGAACUAAAUGUUAAUAACUGUUUCUCAGGCUUGUGGUAAAUCAGACUCUUGCACUCAGGACCUGUGUCCACUGUUGUAGUUUUUUCAGCAGAUUCAAAAAUGCUCUCAACAUCGGCUGUUUUUGUCACUUCCUACACUCUCAGUAGAAAAUAGUUUAUCAUUUGAAAUAUUCCUGUCCAGGCUAAUGUCAUUCAUCCAAAAUAAAGAAGGGGCCAGGCUUAAGGGAGAACCUGACUGGUACUUUAAAAGGUGCCGUUUCCAGGCUUAAGUCGCUGUUACAGCCAGGACACAAUUCUUUUCACUGUCUGUAUUUUUGCUUGUAAAUUUACCUGAAUAAAACCAAAUAUUUAGCAUACAGAGCAAAAGUUGCUGCUAGACAACUUUUUGUAACUCAAGAACUGGUAUGAAGCUUUCUGGAACCAAAGUUGUGGGUGCUGCAAGCCAAAAAAAGGUUUGUGGACACAGGCCCUUAUUAUGACAUCAGUGUAAAGACUGUAUUUAUAUAUUCCUUCUGGGUUGUCUAAAGUUGCCGGUGCUGCAAGCAAAAAAAAUGCUGUUAGUGGACACAGGCCCUUAUUCUGUCAAUAGUGGAAAGACUGUUUUUAUAUAUUCCUUCUGGGUUGUCUAAGGUUGUGGGUACUGCAAGCAAAAUACUAAAUGCUGUCAGUAGACACAGGCCAUGAGUCUGUCGACAGUGUAAAGACUGUAUUUAUAUAUUCCUUCUGGGUUGUCUAAGGUUUUUGUUGCUGCAAGCAAAAAAAUGCAGUUAGUGGACGCAGGCCCUUAUUCUGUCAGCACUCUGUGUAUAUUGUCCAACAGGAAUACCUCAUUCGCUGUUUGUACUUGUACCUACAAAAAGUAAUCCACCAAAUUGCAUACAUGAUCCUAUUAACUACAAGCACAUGCUAAGGUCUAACUUUCAACAAAGGGAGAUUAAGUGGAAUAAAGAUAUAUUGGAGUGAUGAUUAGUCAUUUGUUUCAGAUACAAGGCUUUAAUUCACACACUUAUUGAAAAGUUAGCAUUGAGUUAUUUUCAAUCAAGUCAUUAUGCAACAGGGGAGAUGCCCAAAAUGGUGUUAAUAUACAGAUUGAAAAAGAUAAUGUUGGAAUAAUGUAUUUUUUGUUUUUGAAGUCUUGGCUUUUACCUUUGUUUUUAGUCCUAUUAUUGAAAAUUUUCAACAACAACUUUUUAUUUAACAGAUCAAAAAAAAAAAAAACUAAUCGACUUCACUUUCUUUCAAAGAUUGAUCAAUUUCAACAUUUUUUAAGGGGCCAGUGUCACAUGAUGUUCGCUGCUGAAGCCUGUUUGCACCUAACGGGAUGUUGUUUGAGCUAGUGAUAGGCUAUAGAGAUAAGGAGCUUAAAGGAAAAACAUCCUGUGUGUCCCGAAAUGUCUUCCUCUUGGCGUCGUGUUCUGCUCUUUGGCCGACCUAACCAGCAUGUAGGCUGAGGGCCGAUCUUGUGCUGACACAAAUUGAAAAAUUGGGCUUAUUUGCAGUUUCAUCCUGAAGUCUGAAAACACAGAAAGCAUUUGAAUAGAUUUUUAUAUAAACUUAAAAAACAGCCAACAAUAAUAUGGAAGAGUUAUCAAGUUAUUUUGGUCCAGAAUUGUGACUUAUAUAUUCAUACCUGUUUAGAGACCUACUGUAUAGUCAUGACACCUACGGUAGUGACAUGACUAUGAAUGACUGAAAAAUACAAUUAUCUUUAUAAUGUGACAUUUUGACUCCAUACAUUGCUGGUGUCGAAAACCAAUUUCCUAGCAAGACUCUGACAGCCUGCCGUGUGCAGGUGGGCAAAGUUUAACAUGUGCUCUAGAUUCAAUUCUUAUCAGAAAUUAUUCUGAGCAUACGUUUAUGAUAUCAUUAAACUAUGCAUCUAUACCUAAGAUACCUUCGUCACCAAUGCACUGCUGUAAAAAGUAGAUCCUGGGUUACAGUCCCUCUUCCACAGUUCUUAGACUUUGUGUCUCCCCUCGCUGAGACUGUUAAAUCUCUAGACACACAAUAAACAUCCUAUCUGAGGGUGGAGGAGCACCAGAAACGAUUCAAAAGGCCCCGGUGUAAGAGACUGGACUCCUCCAGCCCACCUAUGUUUCAAAUAAAAAUCAGCUUUUAUUAGAUAAAUUGCUUGGCUGUUGUUUUGGGGGCCGUUUAAUUGGCUGUUAUUUUGUUACUCUGUGGCCUGCUGAAGUUUUGACAAUCCCCCUCUGGCCUCCCACUUAGUGCUUUCUACCUGUCUGCGAGCAUCUCUGAACCUAUAUUGCAGUCUGCUGGCUUAGUGCAGACAGGAAAUGCUGACUGCCUAAAGGAGCGUUUAGAUAAUUGGGGAUUAAUUGUUAAUGAGGUCAUUGUUCACUCAGGACUUGGAUCUAAAUAUUUAACUGUAAGCAUAAUUUAUCGACAGAAAUCUUUGUUUCUUCUUGCUCCAGUUUUUCCCUUUAAUAUUCAAUCUGCCAAACUCAUGUUACACUCCUUUAAUUAAAGGUGAUGAUAUGCACUGAAAAUGUUACACUCAAUAGAAAGCAUGAUGGUGCAACAUUAACUCUUCAUUUCAAAACAGAGUCAAAGUUAUUAGCAGUACAUCAUUCUACAUUAAAUCAGUUAUUCCUGCAUUGUUUUCUUAACACUCUCCUCUUUUCUGUGUCUGUUUGAAAGGUAAGAACACUGCGGUAUCAGAGCGUUGUUAGAAGCUGAAGAUAAAGGGAUUACUCUUGGCUGUUGAACACAGGAGGUCCUCGGUGCCAAGAGGGAUCAUCAGGCUGGUUGAAGCCCAACAGAUCUUCUCAGGGACAGCAGAAGGACCUAUUUAGAAACAUCAGCCCAGCUUCUUUUAUUUUUUUAAUAACUUGCCAUGGAGCCAAGAAACCUUUCAUGAUACCAUAGGAUUGUCUUCAAGACAGAUUUGGCUUCACCCUUUGGGUUGUUUGGAGUACUGCCUUGGAUUUUGUGCCAUUUUCACUCUCAAAGGGAUAAAUGCCGUUCUGGAGGAGAUACCAUCUUCAUUGUUGAUAUGCUUCAUCCUAACAGCUCUCUAUUCAGUGCAUAUAACCGCCAUUCAUGGUGUUCCUCACAACAAAGCUAAGGCCUUGGAGGACAGUCGCUUGUCAAGGAACAAUUUGGACCCUGGCCAGAUAUGGCCAGAGACGUCAGUUCUCUGAGCCUCAUGCCUUUGUCCGCAAGGCAUCAGCAAUGGAUUGGAGCCUCUUUGGGAUCUGUACUCCCGGUCUUCCCACUACAUGCUUUGAUUUUCUACUACUUCCUGUCGUGCGCAGCUGCAACCGGCAGCUUGGAUCAUGACUAUGGCAUUAGUCCCAAAUUUGUUUGCACCCCUAUUCCCCCAGAUGCAGACCCUAGCUGCUAUUCCCCACCCACGGUGCCCCAUGGACCUGGCAGUAAUGGCCACAGUAAUGACCACAGUAGUGGUGGUCGGAGAGGCGUGAUGUCUGAUGAGGCCAAAGCCACUAUCUUGCACCUGCGCGAGAGCCUUGUCAGGCAAAAGGAGACUAUCCUCGAUCAGCGAGAAACCAUCAGGGAGCUGACCGCCAAGCUCACUUUGUGUGAGGGCUUCGGUGGUCACCACAGCUCUGGUCACCAUGAUAACCAUCAUGACAAUCACCAUGACAACCAUCAUGAUAACCAUCAUGACAACCAUCAUGAUACACAUCACGACAACCAUCAUGAUGACCACCAUGGGCCUCACAACAACCACCAUACAUCAUCGCACCACGGGACGUUUCAUAGCAACGAUCACCACUACUCUCAUGGCAGCCACAGGUCAGACACCCACCACAGGAAGGGCCCAUCAUACGGGAAACACAGCUCCUUCUCUCCAGAGCAGACUGGAAAGACGCUACAGACACUGAAAGAGAGACUGGAAAACUUGCAGGUGAGUGCAAGAAAUUCACAACGCACUCUCAAGCUUAGUCACCAGUGAGGAUCAACCAAUCCUGUCCUGAUACGAUAUUGAUAUCAGAUAUCAGAUAUCAGUCCGAUAUCUGCCAAAAAACAAAUAUCGGAUUAUAUCGGCCUGCUUCUAAAAUCUCUGAUAUCAGCACUCCGAUACAAGCAGUCCAUUCCAGACUCCACUCCGGCACCUCUAGCUAGCAGCGCCCACAUAAUCACAACAACAGUGUGUACUAAGGUACAAACAAAAUAGCAAGAAGAAGGAGUGAUGUCGGCUGUGUGGCAGUAUUUUUCAUUAAAGUCUGAAAAAGACAUUGCAGCAAAACUUGUCUUGCACAAGUUUGUGCCAAUAUUGGAUCAAUAUCGGUAUUGGCCGAUACUAAAGGCUACAACAUCGGUGUUGUAUCGGAAGUAAAAAGUUGUAUCGGGACACCCCUAGUCGCUACCAACGAACGAGGUCAAAGGUUGAAUGAGGUCGAAUGUGCUUUGUAAUUUGCAACAGGGUUUACAGUUUACCAACAUUUAAAGGCAGAUAUAGUCCCAACGAAGCAUAAGUUACAACUUAAAUCUAACACCUAGCUAUUCAACUAUUAAUUGUGUCUUUGCCGUUUAGAUAUUGGAGAUACAAUUAUGUUUUUCUAAACAUACUUGGUCUGAAAUUAUUAUUAUUAUUAUUAUUAUUAUUAUUGAAUCUAUAGAUUUUAAACUACCAUGUUUUAUUUCCAAAGGUUCUUUCUUCUACUUCCUAAAAAACUGCAGCAUCAGGUCUUCUUAUAUGAUUAAAUGCUUAGUUAUGUUUCUGCAAAGUCAGGCUGAACAGUCUGCUGGGAGGCGGAAGCCUAUCAAAGGUUUGACUUAAUUGAGGUCAUAUCCUGCGUCACAACAGGUCACGAGCUCAGCCGCUACAUCAGCGGACCGUGACGUCAGCUGAACGAAAUGCUCACCUGUGAGAUACUGUUAGUGUUACCUUUAUUUAAAUAUUAUUGUUAAUCAGUUGCAUAUUUUAAAAUUGUUUUGUAAUUAUUUUAGUUAUUUAGGUUAUUUCAUCAUUAGUAACUAUUAAAAUAUUUAGAUAAAUAUACAAAUAUACACAAAUAUAAAACAGACUCAGCUAAAAACAAACCUUUUAACAUCAAAUCUUUUCUCUGAGACACUCCAAUCACUGUCCUGAAUACCACUGAUCUAAGCUUCAAAGGAAGCAGCCCAAAGUUGAUUAGCUUUGACCCGUACCUGAGACAACCCAUGCCCAACCAUCACAUGAUUGGGCCAGACAAAUGAAACCAAAUUAAGGUCAGGGACACCAAGGGUAAAGAUCUCUCCUACUCUUUAAAGAUAGCAUUUGUACAAAAUCACUGUUGUGAUUAUCUGCAGUAAGAUAAGAAUUCAUAAGAGGAAGUCAGACGUGUAACACAAGUCAAAAUUGGUUUUAAAUCACCGGUCCAAAUACUCAAAGUUCAGAUGUGUUUUAACUUUUGAAGCAGCUCUUGCUUGUGAUGAUUCUGCUGUGAAACUAAAACCCUGCUGCCCUCUAGCUUGUGAAAGCCUCAGUAUCAGUGCAGGUGGUCUGAAGCUCAGUGAAGGUGUUCCCAGAAAUCCCAUUCAAUCCCCCACAGAGGUGUGAGACAAAACAGAAGCCUUCCGUCACUCUUUCCUUUUAACAGGAUGUCUACACAACCAGCUUCUGGCCACGCGCCGAAGGGCACAAGCCAGCUUUACCUUCAAUUAGCCUUAUCUCCUCUGACGAAGCUAUUAAUCGUAGCGUGUGCUGGCAGGGAACAAAGCCGGAUUUGCUGGUGAAGAAAGGGAGCAAAAGAGAGGAGUAAAGGACUAGUAGGGAGGGUAAAACUCCAGAUGUCCAAUGUUACUCUUUCUUAUUCACUCCAGAACACUAAAAUUACAGCAAAAAUCAAUUUUAGCAAUUUUCUCAAAACUUAGAUUACAUUCGACAGCUCUUAUAGGAUGAAGUUGACCUUGCGAAAAUGAAGCUGACAUAGUCCAACCUCUACCUUUUAACAGUAUCAAACUCAUCCUGGUAUAAAAUGAGAGAACAGCAGUUGAAUUUCUAGUUAAGGGAGACCUAUUUUGAUCAUUUUCACCUUUAAUUAUGCAUUAGUUAGCUUGCAGGUGUUACUGUUCAUACAGGUUUGUAGUCACCAUAAGACCCAAGAUUGACACUUUCACAGAAAACAGCAGAAGCUUGCUGUUUGCACCUACUUAGCUCCUGUUUUAUCCCCAUUAGCAUAUGUUAGCCAUUGUUAAAUUGCCUGCUGUAAUGAUGUUAGUCAUGUCUUGUGGUUUUAAGCCUUCAUAAAAGGUCCUCAUGGAUGAAACAGCCCCAGGUUUCAGUUACAAUAGAGGCCCAAAUUGAGCUCAUACCGGUCUUUGUUUACAAAUGAGUCAUUAGUGACUUGACAAGCACAGAACAACUACGCUGCGGCUGUCAUCCUUGAAACAUAAAAACUUUCUACUUUUUUACUAGUGUCUUGGUCUUUUGGGAAAGAAAACUGCUGUGACCUUUAAAACCAAAAGAGCACAGCAGCAUUGGAACCGUUAGCCAGGCAUUUCCUUCAACAUUGUCCUAAUAGGAGCGCAGAAUUGAAUGUCAGGUUUCAAGUUUUGUGAAGUUUUUGAAAGUAGCCGCACAGAGAACCCAGAAAAAUACUUUCAGAGAUGCACUAUAACAUCUGGACAGCUCAAUAUCAUGAAUGUUUACCAUGGUUUAGUAUGGAUAUUAAACAUGCCAAUCCCAUGGAAAUGCGUCGAAAAUCUUGUAGCAACUCAAAGACUUCCUCUUGUGAUAUCCAAAUGUUCUAGGGUACCGAGGACCAAGUUCUAGUCUCAACUGUUUCGAUGUAAACGACAAGAAAUAUUGAUUAAGGUGUUUUGUUUUGUUUUUAUCUGCAGGCCAGAAACUCAUCCAGUUCUUACUCCAGUUCCUUGAGAGAACUCCUCCAGCGAAAAAUCACUGCCCUGGAGGAGCAGCUGCACAGCUACUACAGAGAUCACCAUGACUAUGACCAUAAUAACGAUCACCAUGAUGAUCAUCACGACGAUCACCAUGGAGACCACCAUGAUGAUCAUCAUGGUAGCAGCCACCAUCAUGACCACCAUGAUGACCAUCAUGAUGACCAUCAUGGCAACGGUCCCCGUGAUAACCACCACGAUGACCACCAUCGAACAGGUCACCACGACAAUCACCAUCGCACAGAUCAUUAUGACGACCACCACAACAACCAUCGCACCAACCAUCAUGGUAGUAGCAGGUACAACCAUCGCAGCAAUUACCAUAACCGUAACCACUAUGACCACCAUUAUGACUGGCACCACAGUAGGCAUAAUGGUCAACAUGGCACCCAUCACGGCAACCACUACAAUGACCAUCACGAUGACCACAAUGGUCAUCAUGAUGACCACCACGACUACCACGAUGAUCACCAUCAUGGCAGCGAUCACCAUGAUGAUCACCAUGACUCUCACCAUGGACAUGGAUACCAUGAUGACCACCACUACGAUCACCAUGAUGAUCACCAUGAGUACGGCCACCAUGACGACCACCAUGAUGAUCAUCCCCCACAACGUCUCUCCUUCGGGAACAAAGAGACAGGUCUGCCCGGCCACAACAAGCUGGAGACAGUUCUCGGCCAACUUCACCAUGAGCAUGAUGACCAUGGUAAAAAUAAACACACACACACAAACCCGUAGAUAAGGACUGUAAAGACUAAUCGAUCCAUACUGAUCAACACCUUUAAUGUUAGCCCCAGUCCGUAAAACUGUUAUACAAACCAGUUCAUGGCCUAAUCUUCUCAUUUGGAGGUUUUCAGCUUAAUAAAAACACGCUCUGUGAUAGUGAAACCUGUGAUAUGAUGGAGCUAGCAUGCUAACAUCAGCAAUUUUGGCACAAGCAUAACAAGAGACAAAACCAAGCAAAGCUUUGGGUCAUUGUAGCAUCUAUAGCCUCUUGUAUUUUUUUGACUUACAACCUUUCUGUGUAGUUAUGAGCGACUGCCAAUGCCACUUGUUUACAGACCAACAAUUGAAACCAUCAAGGUCACUGGAAAGCUUGAGUAAUCUACCAAGAACAUGAUCUACAAAGUCAUAGCCUCCGAUGACCACAUCCUUCCCCUGAAAGUAGUCAGUCAAAUCUCGACUCUGUCUCAACAGGAAACAACAAGAAGUUAAAGACUCCCAAUGCUUUCCUACUGGAGUUUCCCAUGAGGACCAAUUACAUGUACGCCAGGAUGAAGCGGUCUGUGAUCAACGAGAUCUUUGCUCUGACCAUGUGCAUAUGGAUGAAGGCAGGAGCAGGUCCUGGCCUUGGCACUCCCAUAUCUUAUGCUGUUCCCGGACAAGCCAAUGAGCUGGUGCUAAUCGAAUGGGGCAGCAACCCAAUGGAGCUCCUAAUUAAUGACAAGGUAAGGGUUGAUAUGGGGGCUAAAAACUUAAGAACCCAUAAUUAGACACUACAAAUAAGUCUAGUUGACACUGUGCCUUUUGCAUUGUCCUUGUUGAUUCCUGUGCUAAAAUCACAGGAUCUGCUUUACAUUGAAAGCUGCGUCUCUGAGCUAUAUCAGACCAGUCACAGAGGGUAGCACUGCAGUUGUCAAACAUCUAUCCAAAAUCUUACCUAAAGGUUAUGAUCUAGACAAGAACACUUCUCUACAUGGGUGCAUCAUGAGUCUAUAUGAUCGACACAUUCCUUAAGGAGUCCUUUAAAUGUACUCAGGUUACUGACAUACUAAUUGUACAAUUAGUGUAUUAGACUCUUAAUCUUUGUUUCCAGGAAAGGCUGAUUCCCCAAACUUAAGACAGGAAAACAGAUGUUUUGAUCUCUUUCACUGUCCCAGUACUGAGUGCUCAACAACAGAUCAACAAAGCAAUUAAUCUGAUUAUGGUAAUUGAUUAGCCUAAUUGUCUGUCGUAGUGACAUUACCCGGAGGUAGAGACCGACAUAGCUUUUUUGUUCUAGUUACACACUUGGCAGACAUUUGACGGAUCAAUGGCACAGUCAAAAUUUUAGACAAUAUAUUAAAAUAUUGACUGCACUCAGUUUUGAACUUUUGUCUCUUCUCCAACAUUGUGACGUAUUGGGAUUUGUAGCGACUCAAUCACAGUAUCCAAAACUGGGCAAUGAAAACACACGGGGUUAUUUGUUUAGAAAAAAAACUUACUGAAGGGAGAAAUGACCUCUUGGAAAACCAAAGAAUCGCUACCCAAAAAGAAGCUGAGUUAGUUAGUUAGUUAGCUGAUUAGUAACAGCUCGCUUCGCAGCCUCUUCUUGUGUCCCGAAUUUGACAAAUAAUCAAACACAGAUACUGAUUUUAAUUCUAGAGCUCCUUUUGGGGGGAAAAUGUUUAAAAUCAAGGAAAACGAUCAACGAUGGAGACUGCUGACGCCAAAACAAGCUAGGCUAAUCUGUGAGAAUAUGACAGCAGCUCAGCACAUAGUCUCUUCUGCUUCCCAAAUUGGAUGAAGAUCAAGUUGAGACACUGAUUUUAGUCUCAGAGCUUCUUUAAGUUGGAUUUUUUUCAAGGUUCAUGAUUAUGUGUACCAUCUGUUUUGAAGACAACACAACCUCAGUCAAAGCACGGUCCCAAUGCUAUCUGCAGCUCAGCAUGCAGCCUCCAGAGAAAUGCUGUAUUAGCCCCAAAUCUUUAGAUCUACACAGAUUUUUACCCAUGAACUCUUUCUACCUACUUUCAGGCGGUGACAUUGCCAAUUACCAUGACAGACGGGAAGUGGCAUCAUGUGUGUGUGACGUGGUCAACACGCGAUGGUGUCUGGGAGGCCUACCAGGACGGGGUGAAAAAAGGCUCAGGGCAAAACCUGUCAGCCUGGCACUCAAUCAAGCCAGGAGGGACUUUCAUCCUGGGCCAGGAACAGGUAAGAAAAUCCACCUGGUAGUCAGACUUGAUAGUUGAUGUGACUGGUGAGAGGGUUCGUGAAGGGCUGGAUGAGGAGAGAGUGAUAUCUUUGGUCCAAACAAUCAGUUUAGGACUAUCCCAUAACUGCUCUUAAACUUUACAUACUAAGUGGUAGUACAUCUUGUUGAGCUCAAUAGUUUGGCAUCCCAAAAUAAAGACAGAAAGUUUAAACACAACUCUUAUAAUCUUGACCUUGUUCCUCCCUGAUCUGCACAGGACACGAUGGGAGGCCGGUUCGACGUCACUCAAUCCUUCAUGGGAGAGUUGUCUGAUUUCCAGCUCUGGUCUAGAGUCCUGACAGCCAAUGAGAUCCAUGGCCAAGCGACCUGUGGGGCUCACCUCUCCGGUGACAUCAUGUCCUGGUCUGAGGAAGCAGUGGAGCUCCACGGUGGACUCGCAGAGUUCCCCUUUGACCCCUGCCACUUGUGACUGAAGCCAGAGCCUGACAUCACUGCCAGAACAAAUAAUGGCUGGAGAGAGUAAAACUGUCUUUUCUGUCGUGGAUGAAAGAUAAGGUAGUAAUCUGCGUCUUGCAAGCUUUGGUUUUUCCAUCACAGGGAUGAGCAAGAGGUUUAACAACACUAGCACAGCUGUGGACACGGACAGAGCGAGGGGUUAUUUUGUUUUUCAAUCUCUCUGCCUGCUCCCUGCAAAGCGACUUUAAAGGCUCCAAAGAGCACCAGGCUUUGGAUUUAAUGGCUGUGUGGUCAGGACCACAGGCUGCUGUGAGAGCCAACACAUCUAAUAGGAUUUCAUCCCAUCAGAACAGUUCCCAAGGUUGCUUGUUUCUAACAGCUCGCCUGCACUAGCUUCUUCUUCGACAGGCAAAGAGAGAGCAGCUCAGCUUCUAAAUGAAGCCACCAGGAGACAUGAACUGCGAUGAUUCAUACAUAUUGAAAAGUUGUUUGUUAAAUAUCUGUGGAGACGAAGGGAUAAUGAUGCUGCAGAACUUUUUUAUCAUUGCAGUUUAAAAAAACAACCAUCGGAUAUAAAUUUUGCACGCUAUGAUUUGGCUGUUUUUUACUGAGUAGUAUUUCAUAUUGAAAACUCAAAUAAAAUGUAAUCCAUGUGUGUCAAUAUAUUUUGUUAAUGUUGAAAGAUCAAGAUGGUUUAAACAUAAAAAUGUACAACCCCGAUCAGACAAAAGUUUGGCGUAAAAUGUCCACAAAAACAGAUUUACAUGGUUUACAAACACCUUCUGCACUAUUUCCAAUUGAAUAUAAGGGUCAAAUUAUUUGUUAACCAUCUAAUUCUGUUUUCAUAAUCCUUUUACACAGCCUCCAAACUCUCACAGGACACUGUGUCCUAACUCCUAUUGUGCUGUCUAAAUUCCUCCCCUCAGAGGUCGAACAGCCGCUGUAUAGGAAAACCAGGGCUCAAUGUCAAAUAUGACAUGUCACGCGACACAUGCAGGAACCCACCUGACAUCAUUCAGAGUGAACCGUCGCUCAACAUGUCACUCUGCAUCUGCUGGCUUACAGCAGGAUUUACUUUUGAACAAGUGAUCCUGCCUAUUUCCGGCCAGCUCUGACCACAUGACAGAGUUUGACACACACACACACAUUCACACACACAUGCACACACACACACACUCACACAGAGGCUCAGAUAAAAGGUUGAACAGAGACGUUGCUGAUCUCCAACUAUCUGUCUGUAGAUGCACUUUUAUGUUUUUAUAAAAAGAGGUUUUGUAC